UUCUAACACAGCAAGGCAGUGAGACCAGAAAUGCAAAACCUGUUUGUUAUUUUACUGUACAUAGCGUGAAGAAAUAAAUACCUUAAAAUCAAAUAAUUCCAAGUUUAAUGUUACUCACACGAUGAAUGGGAAAAGCCACUCAUGUCCACGAUUCAACAAAAGGUUAGUAAAUAAUAUUUAUCUGUAUGUUUCUAUAUAGAUAUGCCUUACUUCCUGUAGCUAGUUUCCAAUAUUACCAAAAGCCACACUGUGAGAUACUGUAAAUAAUACAGAAUACAUUUUGGUGAAUUGGUAAACUGAGGCCAAAAUAGCUGCAUUGUGGACUUUUUUUUCCCCAGUUCAGAUGUUUUUUUCAAAUCAGCUAGUUUAGCCUACAACUUACAAUUUAUAGAUUUAUUCAUUUUUAUUUUUUAUGUUUUUUGUUUUUGUUUUGUUUUUUACCAGAAUUCACUGUUCAGUGAAUUAACAACAAAGGGUAGCCAUAUCUUGUAUCAGUUAAACAAGUGAUACAAGGUGACAUGUUUUAUGUAUAAAGUAGCAACAUCACUAAUUAUUCUAACAAUUAUUCCCUAAAGUGAAAAUUCCAAGUGAAUUCAAAUGGAAUUUCCCAUUUAAGGCCAAAGUAGCCGAGCUGGUAGCAUAAAUGGUUGGAGAAUGCUUUCAGUUCAGCUAUUUUGACCUUAAAUUUGAAAUUCACUCUGAAUUCACUUGGAAAUCUCACUUUAGUGAAUAACCGUGUAAAUAUUAAUAAGCAGCAGAGUGAAUAGAGCUAGAACCCAUUGAAUUAACCCCUUAAGGACUGGGCUGUUUUUGCGAUGUUGUACAUUUGCGACCAGGCAUAUUUUUACACUUUUGUGGUGUUUGUGUUUGGCUGGAAUUUUCCGCUCUCUCAUUUACUGUUCCCAUACAAAUUAUAUAUUGUUUUUUUCAGGACAAAAGGGGCUUUCUUUACAUACCAUUAUUUAUAUAAUCUCAUGUAUUUUAAUUUAAAAAAAAUAAAAAAAAUAUGAUGAAAAAUUGAAAAAAAAAUACAUGUUUUUUGACUUUUACUUGAAAAAUCUUUUACUCAUCUACAAAAGCGAAUUAAAAAAACUGCUAAAUAGAUUCAAAAUUUUGUCCUGAGUUUAAAAAUACCCCGUGUUUACAUGCUUUUUUUUGCAUGUUAUAGGGCUAUAGGUACAAGUAGAAUAUUACGGUUUCAAAACAUAAAUUUUUUAAAUUUAUCAAUAGUGACAUUGUAACACUAUUAUCUGUCAUAAAUCUCUGAAUAACACCCCACAUGUACAUAUUUUUUUUAAAGUAGACAACCCAGGGUAUUCAAUAUGGGGUGUGUCCAGUCUUUUUUAGUAGCCACUUGUCGAAAACACUGGCCAAAGUAAGCAUUCAUAUUUGUUUGUGUGUGAAAAAAGUAAAAAAACUAAAUUGAACGCUAAUUUUGGCCAGUGUUUGUGACCAAGUGGUUACUAAAAGACUGGACAUACCCCAUUUGCAAUACCUUGGGUUGUCUUCUUUUGCAAAUGGUAUGCCAUCAUGGGGGUAAUUCUCAUUCCUGGGCUACCAUACGCUCUCAAAGGCAACGUAACCAAACUGGCCAUUUUCAAUGUAAAAAUAUUUGACCCAUAUAUUUGACCUUGUAACUUUCAAAAAUGCUAUAAAACCUGUACAUGGGGGGUACUGUUUUACUUGGGAGACAUCGCUGAACACAAAUAUUAGUGUUUAAAAACUGGAAAACGUAUCACAACAAUUAUAUCAUCAGUAAAAGUGCUGUUUGUGUGUGAAAAAUGCAAAAAAGGUCACUUUCACUGACAAUAUCAUCGCUGUGAUAUGUUUUACUGUUUUGAAUCACUAAUAUUUGUGUUCAGCGAAGUCUCCCGAGUAAAACAGUACCCCCCAUGUACAGGUUUUAGGUUGUCGUAGAACGUUACAGGGUAAAAUACAGUGCUAGCAAAUUCAAUUCUCUGGAAUUUCGGCCUGGGUUGGCAGGCAGGUCCCUUAAAUUGCAAUCAAUAAAAUUACUGAAUUAUGUAAAACUAUUACAUAAAUAAGCUUGUAGAAUUUAAAUAUAUAUGCAUAUUUAUAUAUUUGAAGUCUACGUGUAUAUUUAUAUAAUUAUUUAUGUAAUUUUGUAUAUGGACAUAUGUAUAUUUCUUAUUUUAUUUAUUUUUAUAUACAUAGAUAUAUAUAGAAAUUCAUUCUAAGUGUAUUUUGAUAUAAAUAUAAAUAUAUAUAUAUAUAUUAAUUUUAAAAUACAGUUAGAAUAAAAUUUCAUAUAGAUAUAUAAUUUUUUUUAUUAUUAUUUUAAUUUUUUUUUAUUUAAUUUAAAUUACUUAUUUAUAUUUUAUAAUAUAUAUAUAUAUACAAUAUAUAUAAUUAUUAUAUAUAUUAUAUAUACGUGUGUAAUUUAAUUAUAAGUGUAUUUUUAUAUUAAUAUAAAAAUACACUUAGUAUGGCAUUAUAUAUAUAUGAUAUAUAGACAUAUAUUAUAUAGAUAUAAUAUAUGUCUAUAUAUCAUAUAUACACAUAUAUAAUUAUUUAUUUAUUUUUUAUUAACAUUAACUUUAUUUAUUUUUUUGAUUUUACACUAGCAGGGAGACUGCCUGUCAGCACAGGCAGUCCCCCUGCAGGCAGACACAUGGACACCUAUUGUGACCAUGUGAUCGCUGUGUUAAGCGAUCACAUGGCCACAGGGGGUCCUAAUUCAGUGUGGGGAGACUGUCUGGGCUGCAGGCAGUCUCCCCACAACCGGAGCCACGCUGAUCACUGCCGGGGGAACGACGGCGAUCAGGUAAGUAACGGAGACCGUUAAGACGGUUCAGGACCGUCAUCGGUCCUCAAGGCAAAAAUGCCGAUGACGGUCCUGAACCGUCCUCGGUCGCUAAGGGGUUAAACAAAUAUAAAGUCUGGAAGAAAAAAAGAAAUUAAUAAACCUUCUGUUUCACUAACACUCCAACUACCAUAACCACCACAUUCCUCUGUGGUGGUUAUGGUGCCACGAGUGCAAAACGCCAUGCCACAGAAAGCUGUCACAGUGUUUUAAACAUAUACCCGUGUUUCACCAGCUGCAUUCGAUAUUCUCCAGCAGACGAGCCCAGACAAAGCCCAACGUCACUUUAGCGCAAAGCAGGACUGUAAAUUUGUGCCGAUAGCGUUAGCUGAGUGCUUGCAGCCAAUUAUUACAGUCCUGAAUUUGUUCUGCUUUGAUCUAAAGUGAAACUCACCUCCUCAUGCUGGAAAAGACCAGAUGCUGUGGGUGCAGUGCUGGCACUCAGUGGGACCCAGGUAAAUUGAUAAACCGUUCAAAAACAAUUGAUAUUUUGCAGUAAAACUGUGCCAGGGCAUUCCAGUUACCAUAAACACUACAGCAAAUGAGUGUCACUUUAAGGCAUAAGGAUUAAAAUUAGGUAGAGGGUGCAGUUGUGCCAGGCACAUUGAUUGGGAAGGGGACAAUUCUGUCCUGCAGCACUCAAAACAAGAUUUGGCAAAAGUCUUCUUGUACUGAGCUUGGCUAGAUUGGCUGGCCACAGAGGUUCUGAAUGUUUUAAUAUGACUAAAGUUAUAGUAAAUAACAUUGUCAGCUUGUUAUCUGCCUCGAUGAUAUAGUUUUUGCAAGUUCCUUAUUAACAUUUAUUGCAUGUCCUAAUAUAUUCCUAGUAUGUUGUAUUUUAUUUGUAAUGUAUCUAUACCACUAGGUGGCGUGUAUAUAAAAGGUAGUUAUUUAUUUGCCAUGUACAGUAUUUGUAUCAAAUUUAUGGAACGCUUUGAAAUUGUGUUGGUCUAAAUGAAAAAAAAAAUGAUAUAUGUAUUAAUGGCUUUCUGUAUAUUACGUUAAACUAUGGAUUUUGAGAAAAUUUGGGAGUUAAAUUGUGCCAUAUUUGUUACAUCAUUAAAAUCUUGCGGAUGUACAAUAUACUUUCUCCAGACCAGGACAUUUUAUUCACGUCUGCUAAAAUGGACUUGUCUUUGUUAUACUGAAUAAUAUUAAGUUGUUUUCAUGAUUUAACUUUUUAAGCCACUCCAAAGCUCUUGUUAAUAGUUCGGCAUGCACGAAGCAAUAAACUGUGUGUAAAAAAGAAAUGAAUGCUCCGUGCUAGGUCCGGUGUGUGUUAAAAAGACUGUAAAAUUACCACUUGCAUUGAGUCCAUGUGAAAAUGUUCUGUUUUAUUUGAGGGUCCUAACCCAUUUAAUGAACCUCCAAACUCCAAUACGUGAAACUGCAUUUUGUAGCUAAAAAAACAGAAUAGCAAAAAUAUUUCCACAGCACCAAAACAAAUAUAAAUGCCGGAACCCUUAGAAAUAGGAAGCAUUCAAAAUGGUGACAGUCCCCCCCUCUUCCAAAAACUAAAAUUCAGACAAGCAAUACAUCAACCCACUCAGGUGCAUCAUGGUUUUGACAUCCUGAAUAUUAUUGGACUUGUGCAUUCGAUUUCACUCCGAUCGCAAUUUGCCUGGAUGUUGAUUUAUCUGUGACUCAUCCAAAACUUCAAACUUCUGAAACAGCAUAAAGCUAUUACAAAACAAACACAACAGACAAUGGAUCAACAGUUUCUUUAGAUUGGUGAUUGAUAAUUCCAUCCAUGGUACCAACAAUAGAUCAUUGAUGGGGAAAAAAUGAUUGUUAGGGGACAGCUUCUACAUGUUGCUUUUAUUCACAAACUAAGCGAGAAGUGACCAAUUGAGAGAAAAAAAAAGAGUAGCUGGAGAAAAAAAAUAUAUAGAUUAUAAAUAAGUGGGUGUUUUUUUACUGGUCUUCCUCUUCUUCCCUCCUAUUGGUUACUUCUUCUGUGGACCAAUUAGUGCAAAGAUGCGCCUAUUAGUGUACUGCAAACUAUAUAUAUAAUAUUUAUAUGUUGCAGUAUAUUCAUUUUUUUGCCAUUUUAUAUCUUCGUAAUUGUUUUUUUUCUCAAAAUACAUCUGAACUGGAACACCACAAAGACUCGUGCCAGAAUUAAAGUAAAAAGGGUCCAGGUGCGAAACUCAUUCUCCCGCCCCAUGUAGCAAGGAUGGCUAAACGGUAGAUCCUCAUCUGUCGUACAACUUGCACAAUGUUUUGCCAGCUACCAUUUCUACCAAUCUACCAUUUGCCCAUCCUUGCAGGGUUGUAUUUAGUAAUGUUAACAUGUUUAUGUAUGGAUUAUACAUACACAGACACAUAUGUAAAAUGUGCGUUUUGUUUAGCUUCUUUCCUGUUUCCUACAUUUUGAAUUCUGGAGGGUGGCUUCCCUGCAGUCUAGUCUGCUGACUGAGGCUGUUGGGAGCCAGGGGCUCUCUCAGUCUGUGCAGCCUUCUCUCUGCCUCCCACGAGGCUCUGUCUGUUAGCUGGACAUACGUGACCUGCUCUUACUUCCUUAAAGCGGCCCAGUGCGCUUCUUAAGGGCCACAGUGCUUACUAUGCCCCAGAAGACAUAUUGCCAUCAGGUUGCCCUAAGUGCAUGAGCCACCCAAUGGGCCCCCUCAACAUGCGGGCCUCGGGUGACCUAAAACAUAAUUUUACAUUCUAUAUAGAGGCAUGUGUGAUGUAUUGCAAUUUUAAUGAUAUCAUGAGUUGCAUAUUUUGCAUACUCGACACAUUUGAUUUUCACCACUAUUUAUAUCAAGUGUCAGAAAUUAAUAUAUAACCCACUAAACAUUUGAAAAGCCAUUCAUAACAUGUAAUUUAAUUAAAAGAUUUAAGCAAUGCUUCAGUAACCAUUACACCUGAAAAGGUGAUUUUAUUAGCAUUUCCAAACAAUUAAUCUCUCUUUAAGAAGUACUAUCAACAAGCUUAUAGGAAAUCAAUGUGUUUUGACAUUACCUACAUGCAGAAUAACAUAUUUGUGUAUUAAAAAAAAAAGUAACUAAAAAGAUUCAGUCCAAUUUUGCUCACUCAUUUGCAUAGUGCCCUAAUGGAGAUUAUUUUAUUAUUGGACUGCUAAUCAUGUUCACGUAACUGAUUGAUCAUCCUUGAAGUAGAAAAGCUAUUUGACAAAGCACCUUGGCCGAUAUUGUUAGAAUGUUUAACCCUUAAAUAGCUAAGUAAAUUUUAUUUUAUAACGUAUGCCAAAAGCAUGCUAUUUAAGGAUGUCAUGAUUAUUGGGCAUUGUUUGCCAUUCAAGGAAAGAUAAAAAAAAAGAUUUUAUAUAAAAAUGUUUUCAUAUUUACUUAUUGAUUCUAUACAGUCCAUUGUUUAACAAUUCUUGUAACUGGUUAAAUACUACAAAAGGAUAACUAUCAAUUAUAGAACAUACAAUGGCUGAUGACUUGCACACCUACCAAAUAUGGUAGAAUUAGACUGGGAACAGGCAGCACUACGUUUGCUGCUGCUGAAAAAAAAGCUAAAAUAUAUUUGAGCGCGAUUUAGGCAAAAUAAAAAUAUAAGUGAAACAUUAUCUUUGAGCUAAAAUAAAAUUAAUUAUAAAAAAAAAAAGCAAGUUGCAGAUUUUUAGUUAGCGGUUUGGUGGUGUAAAAUUAAGAAGAUAUUUUCUCGCUAAGUAAAGAAAUUGGCUAACGAAAAUUCUGCGAGAAAAUACAGACGUUCCCAUGAAGAUGAUGAAAACAUUUCCACCCACCAAUCAUCAAAAUAUGUUCACUUACAUGUAAUCGACACGGUUCGUCUAUAGCCAUAUAAAUAAAAGGGAGUUCAAAAGGAUAUUAAGAAUGCAGAAGAAUUGUGAGAAAUAAAAAAGAUCAGCAUUUUAUUUCAACCUGGGGGUUUUCUUCCAGACACUUUGUAGGGGGAACUUGAAACAUUAAGCUUUUUUUCACACCAUGAAUUUGCAUUUCUGUGAUUUAAGACCUAUCAGUGCCUUUAUGUUAAUUUCCUUUUUUAUGACCAAUGAAGGAAAGCACCUGGUUACUCAUUCCCCUAGUUUUCUUAGGGCACGUUUUGUUUUUGAUUUUUACAUUUUGAUUCAUUUAAAUAAUCAUUGUUCAGAAUAAUGGUUUCUUGAAGGUAACUUUCGAUCAUCAACGAUAACCAGGUGUAUCAACGAAAAAGAAACUGUCAUCACUAUAAUUUUGGAUUAGAGAUUUGGAUCUGGAUAAAGAUCUGCAAACUUUGUAUUUAGUGAUAGAACAACAGACAUACCUGUUUUUAAAAUUUGAAAAUCAAGAUUCAAACAAUGAUUUAUUUUUCCAGUACACGUUUAUAAUUUUAUAACUAAUACACGGAUUAGCUAAUGCCCAAAGGAAGGGGUUUCAUGUGUCUAUCAGCGCAUUAUCAUUUUAUUAAGGAACAAUGUGCAAAGAUAUCGUAUUUGAGUAAACCGUGGCUUCUAGAUAGUUUCUAAAAGAUGUAAACUAGAAGCUGCUACCAGAGGUAUGACGUAGUAAACUUUGUUUAUGUUUAACAUAGAAAAAUAUAUUCUGUUUUAUGACAAUAUGCUGAAUACACACAAAACUGAACUUCCAGCAUACAAAGAGAUAACAUUAUGCAUUGUUCUUCUAGUGACUAAUGGCAUCAAGUAAAGCCACUGCAACAUGGGCAGAGCUUCAGGAAAGGUAUUAUUUUGUAUCUUUUAUUGUGUAAAAUGAAUAUGUACAUGGACUAAGAAGAUACAUAAAGGGACACCAUAGUCACAAAUGCAACUUUAGCUUAUUGAAGCAGUUUUGGUGUAUAGAUCAAACCCCUGUAGUCUCGCUGCUCAAUUCUCUGCCAUUUAGGAGUUAAAUCACUUUGUUUAUGCAAGCCUAGCCCUACCUCCUUGCAUGUGAUUUGCAUAGUCUCCCUAAACUCUUCCUGUGUAUAGAGAUCUAAUUUCUAAUCUCAUGCUCUGUUAACAGCCUUCUAAACCCUGCAAGAUCCUCCUUUGUGUGAUUAAAGGUCAAUUUACCAAGUAAGCAAUAACAACUAUUAAAGCAAGUUAACAUCUAAUUGAAAAUGUAAAAAAAAAUUUUUUCAUGCAGGCUGUGUCAGUCACAGUCAGGAGAAGUGUGGUAAGAAUUGCAUGGAAAGAAACUGUAGUGAUUUACUCCUAAAUGGCAGAGAAUUAAGCAGUGAUAUUGCAACCACAAAAACUGCUGCAUUGAGCUAAAGUUGUUUUGGUGACUGUACUGUCCCUUUAACAAUGGCGUGUCUGUCAUGUAUUUUAACACCCCCUGCUCUGUCUCUUUCUAUUGACAUUACAUUGACACUUUUGAUUCUUUCUCCAUUUUCCUCUAUAUCUCACUUCUUCUAAUCCACUAUCAUGUGGGUGGUGUGGGAACCUGAUUGCUGCCUCUUUUAGCUCGUAUGUGUCAGGAUCGUGACAGGGAUCCAACACGCAGAAUACAAACAGGGGAUAGGUACGUAUACCGGACCUUAGAAUGGCCGGACUAACGUAAGGAGAAAGCAAAAGAAUAGUCAGAGACAAGCCGAGGUCGAGGGAACGAGAGAUCAGGUAAGCGAGAGACAAGCCGAGUCAAAAGGACAAGAGAGGAAAGCAGGGUCAAAAUACAAGCCGAGUCAGGAACCAAAAGACAAUAGAGGUAAUUGCACUGAGUGACCAGACUAGCUAGAACCACGACAGGGCAAUGAAUCAUUCCACAGAACCCUUUUUUAUACCUUGGCUCUUUAACUGUUGGCUCCGCCCCCAACGAGUCCUGAUUCGUUGUUCGGCACUUGGUUGCCGUGAUUGACGGGUCGGAACGUGAUUGCCGUCAUGACGUCGGCUACUGAGCGCCGCGUCAUAAAAGGAGGCGGAGCUAUCGCGGCCGGCGUGUAAACGACCGGGAGGAGUGCAAGGAUCGGGUGAGUCAGCCCCCCUGGGAGGAUGGACAUCUAGGUGUCUAACCUCCUCCGAGGUAGACACCAAAGGUACCCUGACAGUACCCCCCCUCUCAGAAACGCCCACCGGGCGGAAGGAACCGGGGCGGGACGGAAAACGAGCAUGAAAUGCCCGGAGGAGACGAGGGGCAUGCACAUUUUCAUGGACCACCCAAGACCUUUCUUCAGGCCCAUACCCCUUCCAGUCAACAAGAUAUUGCAACUUCCCCCGAGAAAUACGAGAAUCGAGAAUGGAUUUGAUUUCAUAUUCCUCCUGACCCUCAACCUGGACAGCGAGAGGGGAGGACUCAGGGGAGGAAAACCUGUUGCAAACCAAAGGCUUCAAUAAAGAAACAUGAAAAGAGUUAGGGAUGCGCAGGGCAGGCGGAAGGGCAAGACGAUAUGCAACCGGGUUAAUUCGACACAGAACCUUGUAAGGGCCUAUGUAACGAGGAGCAAAUUUCAUGGAAGGAACCUUCAAGCGGAUGUUUCUGGUACUCAACCACACCCUAUCACCCGGGGCAAAAACCGGAGCCACCCGUCUCCGUUUGUCAGCGUGUCGUUUGAACACCAUGGAAUUCUGAAGAAGAAUUCGUCGAGUCUGAUCCCACAACUUUCUCAGAUUGGCGACAUGAACAUCAACCGACGGAACCCCUUGGGAAGGGGAAACCGACGGAAGAAUGGAAGGAUGAAAGCCAUAAUUCAAGAAAAAGGGGCUAGAACGAGUAGAAUCACAAACGAGAUUGUUGUGUGCAAACUCUGCCCAAGGAAUCAGACCAACCCAAUCGUCCUGGUGUUCAGAAACAAAACAACGCAAAUAUUGUUCAAUCUUUUGGUUGGUGCGUUCGGCAGCUCCGUUGGACUGGGGAUGAUAGGCAGAGGAGAAGUUCAACUUGAUGCCUAAGUGAGAACAGAAAGACUUCCAAAAGCGGGAAACAAAUUGGGAACCUCUAUCAGAAACAAUUUCAGAGGGAAUACCAUGUAGACGAAAAAUCUCCCUCGCGAAUAUCUCAGCUAAUUCGGGAGACGAGGGCAGUUUAGGCAAGGGCACGAAAUGAGCCAUUUUAGUAAACCUGUCAAUCACCGUGAGAAUAACAGUAUGUCUUUUAGAAACAGGCAAAUCGACAAUGAAAUCCAUAGCCAAACACGACCAUGGCCUCUCGGGAAUUUCUAAGGGAUGCAAAAGUCCACAAGGGAGCGCGUGAGGUUGCUUAGUCUUCAUACAGACAGCACAUGCCCUGACGAAAUCCCUUAUAUCCUUACGAAGGGAAGGCCACCAGAAAUCUUUAGAAAUCAGGGAACACGUUUUGCGUGUGCCGGGGUGCCCAGCAAUUUUACUGUCAUGAAAGCAAUGCAGCAGUUCCACUUGGAGCUCAGGAGGAACGAAGUAUCGAUCCCCAGGAACAGGUUUGGGAGCUAGAUGUUGUACUUUCUUGAUCUCAGCAAGCAAUGGCGAGUGUAUCCUGACACAAGUGUUGGCAAUAAUAUUACACUUAGGAACGAUAGAAGACAAAGCUGCUUCAGACACCGUAGAGGGUUCAUGUUGACGGGACAAUGCAUCUGCCUUAGAGUUCUUAGAACCAGGUCUAUAAGUGAGCACGUAAUUGAAAUGUGUCAGAAACAAGGACCAACGAGCUUGCCUGGCGGACAAGCGCUUGGCCUCCCCUAUGUAGGACAAAUUCUUGUGAUCAGUCAAAAUAGUAACCGGGUAUAAUGUCCCCUCCAACAAAUGUCUCCAUUCCUUUAAAGCCAUAAUGACCGCUAACAGUUCCCUAUCACCAAUGUCAUAUCUACUUUCAGGCCCAGAUAAUUUCUUGGAAAAAAAACCACAAGGAUGUAACGGUUUAUCCAAACCUAGCCUUUGGGACAAGAUAGCGCCUAUACCUGUCUCCGAGGCGUCAACCUCGAGUAAAAAAGGCAAAGAUGUGUCAGGAUGAACUAAUAUCGGUGCUGAGGCAAAAUGUUCCUUGAGAGUUUUGAAAGCAGAGAGAGCCUCUGUGGACCAAGUCUUGGUAUCAGCCCCUGUCUAGUCAUAUUAGUAAUAGGAGCAAUAAUAGAAGAGUAACCUUUAAUGAAGCGCCUAUAAUAAUUGGAAAAUCCGAUAAAUCUCUGAAUGGCCUUGAGUCCCCUGGGCAAUGGCCAAUCUAAAAUCGAUUGGAGUUUAAUGGGGUCCAUCCUAAAUCCGUCUCCAGAAAUAACGUAGCCAAGAAAGUUUAUCUGAGAUUGGUCGAAGCUACACUUUUCCAAUUUGCAGUACAAUCCAUGUUGUAACAGUUUGCGCAGUACCCUUCUGACUUGUCUGUGGUGAGUCUCAAUCUCUCUAGAGUGUAUUAGUAUAUCAUCCAAAUAUACUAUAACGCAUUCAUGCUGAAAUUCCCUAAGAACCUCAUUAAUAAGGUCCUGGAAUACUGCAGGUGCAUUGCAAAGCCCGAAGGGCAUUACCGUGUAUUCAUAGUGGCCAUAACGGGUAUUGAAAGCUGUUUUCCAUUCGUCUCCCUGUUGAAUUCUCACCAAGUUAUAAGCUCCCCUCAAAUCUAACUUGGUAAAAAUCUUGGAGCCUUUCAGUCGAUCAAAGAGCUCAGUAAUUAAAGGAAUAGGAUAAGCAUUUCUAACCGUUAUCUUAUUCAAGCCCCGAUAAUCAAUGCAAGGCCGUAGAGUGCCGUCUUUUUUAUCUACAAAAAAGAAACCGGCCCCGGCCGGAGAAGAUGAUCUCCUAAUAAAACCUUUGUCUAGGUUUUCACGUAUGUACUCCUCUAGGACUAAGUUCUCCUUAGUGGAUAAAGGAUAUACCGUACCCCUCGGAGGCAUAGUACCAGGUAGGAGUCUAAUUUUACAGUCGAAAGACCUAUGUGGAGGUAAAGUAUCAGCCCUCUUUUUGUCAAAGACUGCCUUUAAAUCCUGGUACUGUGAUGGUAUCUGUAAAUCUGUAGGUUGGGAAGAGUUAACCGGGGCGUCAACCCUGCAAAUUGGUGAGACUUUCUGCACACAUCCUUUCUGGCAACCCUGACCCCAGGAGACUAUCUCACCCAGUUCCCAGUCAAUGAUAGGGUUAUGCUUCUUAAGCCAGGGAUACCCCAAGACUAUAGGAACUGAAGGAGAUGAGAUCAGCAUGAGGGAUAUUCUUUCCUCGUGAAGGAUACCAGUGGUUAACUUAAUUGGUAUGGUUUCACGAAAAAUAACAGGUUCAGAUAAUGGUCUACCAUCUAUGGCCUCAACGGCCAAGGGUGUAUCCCUUAGCUGAGAUGGGAUAGAAUGGUUAGUGACAAAGGCUUGGUCAAUAAAGCUUUCAGCUGCUCCGGAAUCUAUCAAAGCCAUAGCAUUAAAUACUCCCUUUUCCCAAGCUAAAGAAACAGGUAUCAGAAGCCUAUGAUCUUUAUAAUCAUAAAUAGAGGACAAGAUAGAAACACCCAAGGCCUGUCCUCUUGAGAAACUUAGGUGCGAGCGUUUCCCGGCCGGUUAGGGCAAUUUAGGCGUAGGUGACCUCUAAUUCCGCAAUACAUACAAAGACCCUCCCUUCUCCUGUACUGUCUAUCCUCCUCUGAGAGUCGAGUAUGACCUAUUUGCAUAGGUUCGGGGAGAGCUAAAGUAGUAGAAUCAGAAGUCUGAAAUGAGGGAGCUAGUCUUAUGGAGGAUCUGCGGGUUCUAUCCCGAAUAUUCUGCCUCUGUCUCAUACGUUCAUCUAUUCGGGAAAUAAAUGAAAUCAGAUCCUCCAAAUUUUCAGGAAGAUCUCUUGUGGCCACCUCAUCUAAAAUCUCAUCAGAUAACCCGUUCAUAAAUACGUCCAUAUAAGCCUGUUCAUUCCACUUGACCUCUGCUGCCAAGGAUCUGAACUCCAAGGCAUAAUCCACUAGGGUUCGGUUAUACUGUCUAAGACGUAACAGUAGUCUAGCUGCAUUGGCCUUUCUUCCUGGAGGGUCAAAAGCUCUCCUAAAAGCAGCGACAAAAGCAUUAUAAUUAUAAACUAACGGGUUAUCAUUUUCCCACAGGGGGUUAGCCCAUCUAAGUGCCUUGUCAAUGAGCAAGGUAAUUAUAAAUCCAACCUUUGCCCUGUCAGUAGGGUAGGCGUGGGGUUGUAAUUCAAAAUGAAUACCUAUCUGGUUUAAAAAACCUCGACAAGUGUCAGGAGCGCCGCCAUAGCGUGACGGGGACGUAACACGGGAAGAAGUAGCCACUGUGGCUACCUCUAGGCCUGUACUUAUAGGAGAGAUAGAUGGGGUACGCAUCUCCUCUGAGUGACUACUAGGACGAGAUAGCAAUGCUUGCAGAGCUAGAGCCAUCUGGUCCAUUCUAUGAUCCAUGGCCUCAAAUCUAGAGUCAGGAGAACCGACCUGAGAGUUUGUACCUGCAGGAUCCAUUGGCCCUGUCGUAAUGUCAGGAUCGUGACAGGGAUCCAACACGCAGAAUACAAACAGGGGAUAGGUACGUAUACCGGACCUUAGAAUGGCCGGACUAACGUAAGGAGAAAGCAAAAGAAUAGUCAGAGACAAGCCGAGGUCGAGGGAACGAGAGAUCAGGUAAGCGAGAGACAAGCCGAGUCAAAAGGACAAGAGAGGAAAGCAGGGUCAAAAUACAAGCCGAGUCAGGAACCAAAAGACAAUAGAGGUAAUUGCACUGAGUGACCAGACUAGCUAGAACCACGACAGGGCAAUGAAUCAUUCCACAGAACCCUUUUUUAUACCUUGGCUCUUUAACUGUUGGCUCCGCCCCCAACGGGUCCUGAUUGGUUGUUCGGCACUUGGUUGCCGUGAUUGACGGGUCGGAACGUGAUUGCCGUCAUGACGUCGGCUACUUAGCGCCGCGUCAUAAAAGGAGGCGGAGCUAUCGCGGCCGGCGUGUAAACGACCGGGAGGAGUGCAAGGAUCGGGUGAGUCAGCCCCCCUGGGAGGAUGGACGUCUAGGUGUCUACCCUCCUCCGAGGUAGACACCAAAGGUACCCUGACAGUAUGUGACAGAACUCAAAAUUAAAUUCAUGCCACAACAUAUGUCACAGAAGGGGCAGGAUUUCCGUGUAAUUUACUUCUCCAUCUCCACCAUUUUACUUUACACAAAAAGUACUCAAUACCAGGACUUCAGUAAUGAGACGUUGUAGAUAACACAUGGCCUCCCUGUACCAGUCACCAACCAGUGAUAACAUGGGAGUAGUGUAAUCAUGACAUAAGAGCAACCCUGGUUGUUGGAACCAUUACAGUAGCCCUCUCUCGAUCAAUGCAAAACAGCUGGGAAAUAGGCCUUUGGUCAUUCCUUGGUCACACAUUUUCAGUUAGAUCUAAUCCCCCAGACUUUCUUACAGAACCAAGCUGUUAAAAUGAGCAGUCAACCCUUGAAAAAAAAAAAUAUAUAUAAAUACUUUGGUCCUGUAUCUUAACCUAUCAAACAAUUUAAUGACUACCCAGGACGUCCUAGUGUAAAACUUCAACCUGUUCCUCUGAACAGUAAAGUAAAAGUCAUCUACAUUAAAAGAUGGCAUAAUACAGUACUGUACCCUUGAUACAAUUUAUUGUGGUUUUUGAAUUCCGUUAUUAUUGUAGCCUUGCAACAUUGUUAACAAACAACUGAAUGUCAUUGCUCCUUUUAUCAUCUCAGCUUCACUCGUGUUCGAAAACAAUAUGGACUUUUACCGCAAGCAGAGUGGGAACCUCUUCUAGCUGUGACUGUCCAGGACAAUGCUGCUACUUCAAAACAAAGAAAGGAGACUACAUCUAUACCACCCUUGCCAAGGUAAAGGUCUGCAUGUAUGUUUGUUUAUAUGUUUUUAUUUAUUGAUAUGUGUAUUUAUAUGCUUAUUUACAUGGUUUUCUUUAUUUAUAUGUUUAUUUAUAUAUUUCUAUGAGCAAGAAACGAGUUAGUCCAUUUUAGUCCUCUUGUCCAGUUGUAACACAGGCCCUUAAAUUAAACUCUGUGUAUUCUGUCUUUCACUUAGCCCAAGGAUACUUUCACAACCCAAAUAUUUUACUUAGCAAGGAUACUGCUAAUAUACAGCAAAACAUGGAAAUCUAUUAAGUAAUUAAUCACCAUUGAAAUUAUGUGGCAACAUCUUAGUUUGGUUUCUGAAGACCCUGUACCACCAUAAAAUGCUUAAGCAAAGUGAUUUAGCACUGACCGUUCUAUACAGACCCUCUUAUAGAAUCUAAUCCUACCCUGAUUGACUCUGAGUUCAUUGUUUAUAGUUCUGUGUUUGUUCCCGCUGCCUAUUUCUGUUACAAGAAGAGGAGUUGCUUUUUUUCCUUUGCAUUUUACCUUGCACUAUAAUAGCUUUUACCAGGGUAGAUAAAAAAAUACAACCCACCAUAGAUAGGGUGGAGGAAAGGAGGGCAUUGGUCGGAUCUAUGAAAAACCUAAAUUUGUAUUUGUUAGAUUAUUUCCUGGAACACUUUGGAACACACCUGCUGGAGGUGCAGACUAGAUGCUCCCUGUGCGUCUCUGCUGCUUUGUGUACUGGUCUUAAUAAGUCAACCCUUUCAGUCCCAUAUACAGUGAAGCUUAAACAUGGAAAAACUGUUAAACACAUCACUUACAUAUAUAGUGCUCAAGGAACAUUUUUUUGGGGUGUUUUAUAACUUUUUAAAUUAUGUCUGCUUUUCCACUUUCAAUUUAUUAUCCCAUGCAUCUAAAUAGCUAUAGAAUUCAUGUUUACCUGUGACGUUUUAGACAUUUAUUCCCCAAAGUAGCCCUCAACAGGCCGUUACAUUGAGCACUUUCUCCAUAUCUCUUCUAAAAUGAGUUUGAUUAGUUUACCAUUGUAUAUUUGUACUUUCUGUCUUUUUAUUUCUCUCUUUUAACAUGUAAAACCCCAGCAUCAGACAGGAUGUCUCCAAAUCGAAUGCGCAAAUCAGAAAAGGAAACAAGCAUCGUAGUGAAGGCUUUUUACGAAACCGGCAUGACAGGUAAAUUACCUUUCGUUCAAUUUGAAACCUCUUUCACUCUUUCAACGGGCUGCAAAGCACAAUAUCCCCAUCUAUUUUCCCGAUCGUAAAUAUACAAAAUGGUAUAAUAUUAAAUGACAUGCACACAAUUUUGAAAAUAUAUAUAUUGGUCUACCUGUCAAAAAAGGAAAUUUUGUUUUGAUACAGUUGACUAUUUACAGACUGACGAUUCAUCCAGAUUCUAGAGCCCUCAGGGGAGAAUACUAUAAAUAAAUGAUAAAAAAAGUGUUAGACAUUUCUCUCAAAGGUUGGUGAAGAAUCUCUCAUCUUUUCACUGUAUAGCAAAUCUCUCUUACCAUAGGUGAAACUAAUACAUAAAUAGCUUAAGCAGUUGCGUUGAAGUCUUUUUGAUUUAAGAGGUUUUAAUCAGAGCAGAGAAUUACACACGAGUGAUAUUGCCACAGUGCAUUAUAAAAAAUAAAAAAGUGAACAAACAAAUAAAACAUUUUUAGAAUUCAGUCAUCCAGUUAUAAAUGCCACUCAAAAUAUUUCCUUUUCGGGUUCAUAAAUAUUUUGAUUUAUAUUGUAGUAAUGUAGUUAAAUUAUAAGAUCGAAUAAUGGACCACAAACUGCCCACAAAUAUGGCAAAUAUAUAUGUAGGGCAUUGCUAUAUUCUUCGGUACUAACAGAGUACAAUUAGUUCUCACUGCUUGUCAUAUUUGUUCUAUGAAGUCUAAAAAUGUAUUAAAAUUCUAGAUAUAUAAAGCAUAUAUAUUAGUACUACAGGUACUUAGUACCAUGGGCAAAACUCCAAAUCACUAAUCAAAAAUGCUUGUCGAUUGCGAGAGUCGUUUGUUUCAUUAAAAGUCCAUAUGGUAAAUCAGAGUUACCAAAUUCAGACAACUCACUAAUCAGCCUUAAUUCAGUUGAAUUUGAGUGCUUGAUAGGUAGCUUUUAAGGGUGGUAAGUUAGCAGUAGAAAGGAUACAAGGAAUGAGAAGGGAUUUAUGUAUUUUGUGUAGAGGGGGGGUGCAUAGCACAGUGCCUGUUUAUUUUACUUUUUUUCACUAUGUUUUUUUUCACUACAUUUUUACCAGGGAAUGGAAACUAGAACUCCCACCACUACCGGCGGCAAAAAGGUAUGUUGUCAGAUUAUGAAUGUGCUCUUCCUGUGGACCAUAAUAUUCCAAAAGGCAGUACCCUACUGCAAUCGCGUUAUGGUAACUGUAGCAACAUUCCUUUCUUAUGUUGAAUAGAAAGAAAUUAUGUAUAAUUUAUCAUAUACCGGGACUACUAGUUAUAAGCUAAAUUAAAUCUGUCUAUAAAGAAUUGUUAUGCCUACUUAUAGCCUUUCUUCAUGAUCUAUCUGUUAAUUUUCACCAACAGAUUGAAUUCUAUCAUAUGUCAUAAAUAUUGUUUAUGAAAGAAUUUUAAGAUAUCUUCAGUGCUAAAAUAUAUGAGUAAAAAAAAUACCUCUCAGAUAUGGCUAUUCUAUUUGAUGUUAUUUACUUCAAAUACUAUUCAAUUUAUAUACUUAUUAUGUUCAGGGGGUGGGGGGGAACAAAGCUUGUGUAAUUAUGUUAAAUUGUUUGGAAGAAAAUAAGGAAGAAUUUGCGACUUCUGGGUUUGGAAGUGUAAAAGCACACACAUAAUAUUUAGCACAUUAAAUAUACUUUGCAAUAUUUAUGAAUAUGCAAGGAUGAUCUGUAGAAUGACACAGUUACUGACCAGUGCCUUUAUACACAAUUUAAAGAAUGCAUCCUUUAAAAUGUACUAUUCUUUUAAUGUCUAACAGCUAAAAGCAGAACUACAUACGUGGUCAAAUUAUGUAAAUAACUGUGAUAUCUAGGUAUGGUUUACAUUUCUGGCUAAAAAGCAAGAAAACUGGAAAAUUAAUAGCUUUCUUAUCUUGGGUGAAAUCCCUGAAAAUUCCCUAUGAACCUCUGGAUUCCACAAAACCUCUCAAUUUGCGUGCAUUAAUGGAUUCUAUGAAGUUAUGCAUUUAUAUACAUUUUCAUUUAGAAACCCAUAAAAUAUCACUGGCACAUUUUGCCUUCUGCGAGUCUUACAAUAAAGAAAUUGAGCUCCUGGCGUAAAAAGUAAUUCCUUGCAUAUCAAUUAUAAUUGAUCCUUUCAAUAGCAGGCAGUUAUGUGACAUUCACCAAUGAAUGUUUCUCAUAAAACAUCCAUUUCAUACUCUUUUAGUACCAGUAUGACAGUCCCUACAUAUGUUUUUGCCAUGCUGUGGAGAUAGGAUCAUCAACAACAAAAAAUAGCUACCUAAUCUACCAGUGUGGUGAAUGAGCUACUGAUAAUGGGUCGCCAAACCUUUUCACACAAGACAAACCCCCAAGAGUAAAUAUUUCCAGUAAAGGGUUAUGUUUUUAAAGGGAUCGGAUACUAGAUGUGUGCAUUCAUUUUCAAACUAAUCAAAAAAUGUACAAAAAUGUAGUUUUUCAUUCAUUUAGUCUGAAAACAAAUUAUAGUUGAAAUAGUAACAAACGACAGAGUGAAUGAAUGGACCAGUGAAUGAAUUUAUCUUGGUGCCAUUCGUUUAUUUGUUAAACAACUGCUUUGUGAAUAUCCUCUUUUAGGGGGGUUGUUGUGACUGCCACCUUUUGGAUUCAUUCAUUAACGUAGAGAGUAAUGGUCAUCCAAAAUUAAUUUAAUAAACAAAGAUUUUUUUAUCAAGUUUUGAAUAAACUGAAUAGAUAUUUGAAUGUCCUUAGCACCGAAAGGAUUAAACUCCUUAAGUGCAGAAUUUGACCUGCACAUACAGACUCCAACCACUUCAGAUAAUUGAAGUGGUCAUUGCGCAUGUAGUAACCGUUUAAUUGAAUUGAGAUAAUUUGACUGGGCAGACCAAUGCAGAAAGCUGAAGCAACUUACAUGUUCAUGAGACGAUUCUUGCAUCAUGGCAUCGGUGAUCAUAACGAUGAACACAUUCAAGAGAAGAUGUAUAUCCUAAUGCAGGGACUUGACUUCGAUAAACAUAAAAAGACAGUAUUCCAUGGAAGAGGAAAAACUGGACAUGUUAUUAACGCACUCAUACAAUUUAUUUAAAAGCACCCUACUAACUAAUAAAAUAUGUUCCUAAAUAGUAUUAACAUCAAGGGACACAACGUCUAGUAAUGUGGGAUAUAUGUAAUUUCAUUUUUGGUAAACCAACUACUUAGAGAGGCUCGGUUAAUUUAAUUCAAGUUACUCUUUAAAUACAAUUUCUCUCGGCCAGGCUUACCAUGUAUGUCUGGUUGAUUGACAAAAGUUACAUGUAGAACAUUGUGGGAAACAACUGAAAACAAUGAUAAAUUAGAAUAGAAUGAAUCAGCUAUACCCAUCGUACAGCGCUAUGGAAUUUGCAGUCGCUAUAUAAAUAAUAAUAAUCCUUUUAAAAAACAACUAAGAUAACAUUGUCAAGCUUACUGAUAGGACUUUUUAAUUCCGUCACUUCAGGCAACAUCACCAACAUUAGAGGGAUGUGAAGAAGAUGAAUGUUAUGUAGAUUAAUCCAUUCAUUAAAUGGAUAAUCUAAGCAAUAAAACAACUUUAGCAUAAUGAAGCAAUUUUAGUGUAUAGAAUAUGUCCUUCAGUCUUACUGCUCAAUUCUCUGCCAUUUAGGAGUUAAAUAAUUUUGCAGCUCUAGCCACACCUCCCCUGGCUGUGAUCCACAUAGCCCCCUUUGAAAAAAUAUGGUAAUCAAAUCAUACAGCUCAGUGUGUUUACUCGAGAAGGUUUAUAAUUGUCUGCUCUGUUAAGGGGAAAUUGUAUAACAGAUUCCUGAAGGCGCUAGCAGACUAUUAACAGAGUCAGAGUUAAGAAAUUUUAAAUUAAACAUUCUAUGAAAUAUUGACGAUAAAAAAUAUAGAUUAUUUUUCAGGAAAUGUGUAGGGAUGUUGUGUUGGUCUUAGCCUGGGGAAGUAUGGCUGAUUUAUACACCAAAACCACUUUAUUAAGCUAACAUGUUGGUGCUGAGUGUGUCCAUUCAAGCAGCCUGUAUCCAAUAGUCCUUCCUUAUAAUUUCAUCAUCCCACAAAUUAAUAGUAAAAGAACAAAGCAUUCCUUUUAAAUGAGCAAUAUGUAUUAUAUUUGCUAAACAUGUUAUGGUCUGUAUUUUAUUUUUAUUAGGAUGGAAACACAAAAGGGCAAUUUUUUUGUCCUCAAAACCAGUUUAGAAAAGAAAAAAUAUCAACACUGGAACAUAAAGGUAUUCAAUACUUACCAUAUUGGUAAGGUCUAACUUGCAUUUCUAUUCACAAUAUUCCAAAGACUAAUUUGAAUCUUCUUCUAAACGUCAAUUAUUAUGCUAAAAAUUUAUUAUUUCAUUGAAGAAUUGAGAAAAGGAGAUGAUCAAACUGGUGGCAUAAACACUAACCACUAUUAAUACUCUUUGCCCAAAGUCCUGAUUCCCUCUUCAGAUUCAACUCUGAAAUACAGAUGUUUUUAAUGAGUGUAGUCAGUUAGAAGAAUAGGUAGCUUCCCUAACAAAACCAAGGGCAUAAAACCCUGGUGGGAACUUGGACAAGUUCAGAAUAUACUACGUGGUGGAAAAUUUCAUGUGAGUAGGUUCUAUUGUGGCACUAUUUAAAUGUAAAGGCCCAUUCCUAGAUAUGGAUAGUUCAACAGUUGUUUGAAUAAGCAAUAUUAAGUCACUUGGAAGAUUAAGUGAUAGGUUUAAAUACUCCUCUAGAAACUGGGGAUUUUAAUAUGUAGAAGUAGAAAACCCCUAAUGACCCUCAGACUGUUAUUAGGUGAAAACAUGCAAAAUUAAGCCUUGCGUUCAAACUCCCACUUCUCGUUGGUGGCAUCAAUGACUAUAGUGCACAUUAGCCCCAAUACAGUAAAAACAAAAGAAAAAGGUUUGCAUAGUGUGUAAAAUAACUUUUUUCUUUUGUUAACACGCGGGUGUGUAGAUCCCUUCAUGUAAUUGGGAGGAUUAAUAGACAUUGAUCUCGAUUUAAUAUGUUUGGAUACGCUUUGCAAACGAUUCAAUAUUGUUAGUAAAACUUGCCGAAUAAUUUAUAACAUAAGAUUCCCGUAAACAGAUUUGAAUAAUUUGAAAAGAUUAUCCAAAAAUAUAAAACUGAGGCCAAAAAUAGAAACAUAUCAGAUAUUGGCCUCCAUGUCAUGUUUUUGGAUACACUUUUAAAAUGAUUAAAUAUUUUGAAAAAUAUUUUGAUAUUUUUUAAUUAUAUUUUUUAUAUAUUUAUAUUGUUGAUUUUAUUUUUAAUAUUUUGAAAAAAUCAUUUUAAAACUGUAUCCAAAAAUAAUAAAUUGUUUGAAAAGCUUAUCUAUAAUAAUUUAACUGAGGCCAAAAUAUGGAAUCUCCACAUUUUGCACUUGGACACUAAGUGAAUCAACUCACUUGAGGUGGACAUGACAGCCACUCCUGCCACACUCCCCUCCAACAUGUGAAAUUGUCCUAUUUUAGAUUUAAGAUGAACACAGAAGGCUAUCAAAGGCUUUUUUUUAAAGGUCAUCCUCAUUAGGAUGAGAUACAGUAGCCUAUCUAGGAUGGAGCCUAACAAGAGAUAUCAUUAUUAAUGAUCACCUAGAUGUAGAGCUACAAGAAGGGGAAAGUCACAUAGAUAUAUCAAAUAUUAUAUUUGUUCUGUGAUGCGUCAUAGAAAUUUUUCAUCCACAAAAAAAUGCCCUCUCACAAUGCAUUCUUCUAUGUUCCCUUUGAGACCGAAACAUAUGAGAUAAUGAGUGUCUUCACAUAUAUGUUUUUCUUCUUUCACAGGAACAUGAACUAUUCAAUUACUUCUCAGAGAACCAAACUUUUGCUUUGACGUUUUUGGAUACCUUUAUGUCGGAGAUUUUACUUAGUGAAAUCAUCCCCGAUGUUUUAAUGGAGGCUCUAACCAAUAAUGCAACACAGGUAUGAAACAAAUUAUAUUCCUGACAACUGAGGUUCAUAUACUUAAAAAAAAAAAUAUAUAUAUACAUAUUGAUUCGGCAUCAGCUUAGUGUGCAAGACCAAAACCCCUCUUUGUAUAUUUUCUACAUGAUUAUUCAGCCACGUUCCUUCAGCUGUUGUUAUACUACAUUUCCCAAUAUUUCUGCCUAACGCAUGGACUAACUUGAUCAGAAGAGUCAGAAUCCUUCAUAGUUAGCCUUAUCCAUUUCUUUCUACUUUACCUUCUCUCCACAAUGCAAUGCAUGUAGCACUAUAAAAGCGGUUACAAUGAUGUGCCUUUAACGUUGCAUAUGGUCACUUUGCUUGACAGAGCAAAAUAAGAUACAAACAGGAUGAAGACUAUUUAGUAACCACAAGGUAUAAUCAAAACAUUAUGAAGAACUCAUACACAACUGUGUUCUAAGAACCGUAAUUAAAUGUGACGCCUAAUUGCUUUUAUUUUAGCACCUAUAUGUGUAUUUUAAUUUUUCCAUGUUUUAAACCCAAUUUGUCUUUACUUACAUUACGUUUUUUUAUAACAUACAAAAAUGUAUUCUAGUUCUAGAGCUGCAGGAAAGCUAAGGGAAUAAUCCAAAUAACUCAGGCACCAUCAAUCUUUAUGAAAACCUUUGUAUUGCCAUUGUGCAUGUGUGGCUUUGUAUGUUUCAGAAAUUAAAUAUACAUGAAUAUAGCUUAAUUCUCAAGCUAUGGAAACUGUGCUGUAUUCAACACAGUCAUAAUGAAAUUAACUUAAACAUGAACUACUCUCUAAACCAGCAAUUUUUAAACUUUUAUGCUGAGGGCAAGUCUUGCAUGCUGAGUAUUUUAAGACUAAAGUCAUUAACACUUUAAAUUGUGUUUUCAUUUAGCCAUGUAAACACAUUGGAGCCAUGUGAUUACAUUUCUUUUUAAUGUGUUGUUUUAUUUUUAUUUUUAGAUAAGGGUGCACCCACAGAAUUCAUAUGACAAAGCAACGAGAAAAGAACAAAAAACAGAGUAAGUAAUGGAAUAUACAUUGGCUAUCUUACUUACAUCUCAAUUUUGUUUCCUUAGCAAGGGACAAGAGAAACACAGAUGCAUAUAGUAAGAGAAGUCGAUUAAAGUGGUUUCAUUGUGUUCCCCUUGGAAAUAUGAUAAAGGGAAGGUUUCACUAAUUGAGAAGAGAUAUGUGAUUUUUAGUAUGUUGACAGUGGGAUGGAUUGUUUAGGUGGAGCCUUGAGGCCGGGAUGGGAGAUUGAAUGCAAAGGGUAAAAGAGAGGACAGAAUGAAACAUUUCAUCAUCUGCAGGUAAUUUAGGUUUCGUUACUUUGUGAUGGAGGUUGGACCAUUAACAUGAUUAUGGCAAAAUUAACUAUUGAUCUUUGACUAUUAACGAAAAGUAAAAUCACUCUUCUGAUAAGAUCAACAUUCCUCUUUACCUAUAAUAGCAUUUUUCUUAUGUAGACUAAAAACUUAUGGGAUGACAGAAAAUCCAGGAAGCCGUAGCUCAGCCUAAUACGUUUUUAACAGUCACUCUUAAUAAUAUAUAACUGAUUGUAAAUUGUGUGGUUUUCUGGCAUUUUCACAUAAUCCUUUGAAUAUGGGAUUUGUUUUUGGAAAAUACAAUUAAAAAAAAUUUUGGGGUGCAGAUUGUGUGAGGGUGGUAAUGUGUGAAAGUGUUGGUUGAUAUAUGGCCUAUAUUGUAUAUUGUGGGUGGGGGUGAGUGAGAUGGGACUGAGAAAAAAAAAUAAAAAAAAAAAAUAUAUAUAUAUAUAUAUAUAUAUAUAUAUUGAUUGCCUCCCAUGUCCUCUUCUUCACUCAAUUUCCACAGUAAAGGGCUACUGAGCCAGUGAGGGAGAUAUUUGAUCUCUUCACUGGUCCAUGAAGGAAGAUAGCAAGGCUGGCUGUGCAUUGGUCAACAGGGAAGAUCCUUUGAUCUCAUCUGAUGGCCUCGGCCCAUGACCAUCGCUGCCCACUGGGCAUUUGCCCGGUUUACCCAAUGGCCAGUCCAGGUCUUCUGGCUGUUGUCUGAUUGACGGUUAGUGUGGAAGAGGGGAGUGUAAAAUGUAAACAGUGCUGUCUUUCUCAUAAAUGGCACUGUUUUAAACAGCAAAGCUGCAAAAGUAGUGUGUAAGAAUACCCCAUCACUUUCAGCUCCUUUCGCACAUACGGAUUCAUAUUUAAUUUUACUUUGUUUGUUUUGUUUGAUUCUUGAACCAAGACCACCCCAGAGACCCAUUAGAACAUGUAACGUUGAGUAUCCUGUAAAAGGAAAUAAUUAAUAGAAUGCUCCACUGGGUGGCUGCCAUUUCAUGCAUGCGAACGCACGUGGUUGGGACAACGGAUGGCGGCAAUUUCGUCUCCCGAACUCUGGUAGCGGGACUUGGUCGUCGAGUUCCCGGAACUCAUUUCAGCCAGGCACUCCUGCGAACACCAGUCACUAUGGACCUAUUGCCCGUUCUCGUUGCAGUUCACCUAUACGAAUGGCGUUCGGGAGUUACAGAUUACCGAACACGGGGAGCAUUCUACACAAAUCAGCUUUCAUCUACCUUAAUUUAAAUAGGAGGGAUUAUACACUUUAGGAUAAUUCACAUUCUGCCAAGGAGUUUGUUAUUCAUAGGUAUUUUGAUAAUCUGUUGCUAGCACAUAUGGGAAGAUCUUUUUCUGUCAGAUAAUAUUUUCCAUUUGAGGUUUGAAACAUAUCCAUAGCAUCAUAACACCUAAACAAUAACUCCUCUAACAAUAAAUAGAUAAAUUCGGAGAUCCAUCGAUUAAGGCAAGGACUCCUGAUAUGGCCCAGUGACAAAAGCUGCGAGUAGUUGGGGCAUUGUGGCUCAAUAUACAGCAAUACGUACAUCAUCCUGAAUUAGAGAGAGGUGGAAAAGAAUCUGGUGUGGGUAUGACCUCUCUGACUGUUGAUCUUGCAGUAUGACCAUGUUACUUUCUCACUAAGCAUAGCAGGGAUUUAUGUUAUCACAUUCAGCGUUUCUUGUUUUAUACCUUUCCUCUGGUUUCUCACACCCAGUUGUACUAAAGCUCCCUAGAUCCAAUUCCCUCGCAUCUAAUCAGUACUGUCUUCUUCUCUUUCACCACCUCUCACUAAAAUUCUCAAUCUCUCUCCCUCCUUUGGUAUAUUUCCAUCGCAUUUCAAACAUGCAACUGUAACCCCAAUUCUAAAGAAGCCUAACCUUGACCCUAACUCCCCAUCCAACUUCCGUCCUAUCUCGUUACUGCCUUUUGCAUCCAAGAUCCUUGAAAGAAUUGUGUAUGCAAGAUUGACAGAUUUCCUUGAGUCCAACUCUCUGCUAGACCCACUUCAGUCUGGUUUUUCGCGCUAAGUACUUUGCGGAAACGGCACUGACCAAAGUAUCCAAUGAUCUACUCGCUGCAAAAUCUCGUGGUCACUUCUCUAUCCUAAUACUCUUUGACCUGUCUGCAGCUUUUGACACUGUUGACCAUCAACAGCUUCUUUUCAUCCUUCGCAAUAUCGGUCUACAAGAUAUUGCUCUAUCCUGGUGCUCCUCCUACCUCUCCCAGCACUCUUUCAGUGCUUCUUUCUCUGGCUCUGCUUCUUCUCCCCAACUCAUCUCUGUUGGUGUCCCCCAAAGUUCAGUCUUUUGUCCCCUACUGUUCUCCAUCUAUACUGCUUCCCUUGGUAAACUCUUUAGCUCCUUUGGCUUCCAAUAUCAUUUCUAUGCAGAAGACACACAAAACUACCUGUCCAAUUCCUUAAACUAAACUUGACCAAAACUUAAAUUCUGGACUUUCCUCCUUUGUCUGUCUCCCUCCAAGUCAAUGGUGCUACCAUCAGCUCCACCACGCAGGCUCGCUGCCUAGGUGUUCUCUUUGACUCCGACCUUUCCUUCAAGCCUUAUGUUCAGUCUAUCACCAAAUCCUGUCGUUUCCAUCUCAAAAACAUUGCAUGCAUCUGACCCUACUUAACGCCAAAUGCGACUAAGGUGCUGGUCCAUUCCACUGUCCUUUCUCGCCUUGACUACUGUAAUCCACUUCUCAGUGGUCUUACAUGCUCCCAACUUGCGCCGUUACAAUCCAUAAUGAAUGCGGCUGCGAGGCUCAUCUUUCUGUCCGCCUGCACCUCCCAUGCCUCCCACGCCUGUAAGAUAUAGGGCUCAAUUUGAAAUUCAGGUUCUUACUUUCAAAUCUCUACAUAAUUCUGCUCCCACCUAUCUAUCCUCCCUGAUACACAAGUAUGUCCCGUCUAGGCCCUUACGAUCUGCUGAAGACUUAAGUCUACCUUCUGUCUGUACUCCCACCUCUGAUGCUUGCCUUCAAGACUUCUCGAGGGCUGCACUGUUCCUGUGGAACUCGCUUCCCUGCUCCAAUAGAUGCUCACCAAGUCUCCACUCCUUCCUUGUAAGAUAUAGGGCUCAAUUUGAAAUUCUGGUUCUUACUUUCAAAUCUCUACAUAAUUCUGCUCCCACCUAUCUAUCCUCCCUGAUACACAAGUAUGUCCCGUCUAGGCCCUUACGAUCUGCUGAAGACUUAAGUCUACCUUCUGUCUGUACUCCCACCUCUGAUGCUUGCCUUCAAGACUUCUCGAGGGCUGCACCGUUCCUGUGGAACUCGCUUCCCUGCUCCAAUAGAUGCUCACCCAGUCUCCACUCCUUCAAAAAAUCAUUAAAAACCCACUUCUUCAUUAAAAGCGUAUCAAUUAAACUGUUAAUAGCUCCCAACUGAUUCUGCUUUUGCAACUGUCACUAGUCUAAUACUAUCCUUACCUUUUUGUUUCACUUUACCCCACUCCCUCUAGUAUGUAAGCUCAUUGAGCAGGGCCCUCAACCCCUCUGUUCCUGUGUGUCCAACUUGUCUGGUUACAACUACAUGUCUGUUCGUCCACCCAUUGUAAAGUGCUGCGGAAUUUGAUGGCGGUUAAUAAAUUACAUAAUAAUAAUAAUAAUAAUAAUAAUAAAUUGCACUUAAAAAAUGUUUUGUUUUCUUUGUAUAGUGGAUGGAUGGAUAAAGAUAGAGAUAGAGAUAGAUAGAUAGAUAUCACCAAAUCCUGUCGUUUCCAUCUCAAAAACAUUGCAUGCAUCUGACCCUACUUAACGCCAAAUGCGACUAAGGUGCUGGUCCAUUCCACUGUCCUUUCUCGCCUUGACUACUGUAAUCCACUUCUCAGUGGUCUUACAUGCUCCCAACUUGUGCCGUUACAAUCCAUAAUGAAUGCGGCUGCGAGGCUCAUCUUUCUGUCCGCCUGCACCUCCCAUGCCUCCCACGCCUGUAAGAUAUAGGGCUCAAUUUGAAAUUCAGGUUCUUACUUUCAAAUCUCUACAUAAUUCUGCUCCCACCUAUCUAUCCUCCCUGAUACACAAGUAUGUCCCGUCUAGGCCCUUACGAUCUGCUGAAGACUUAAGUCUACCUUCUGUCUGUACUCCCACCUCUGAUGCUUGCCUUCAAGACUUCUCGAGGGCUGCACUGUUCCUGUGGAACUCGCUUCCCUGCUCCAAUAGAUGCUCACCCAGUCUCCACUCCUUCCUUGUAAGAUAUAGGGCUCAAUUUGAAAUUCUGGUUCUUACUUUCAAAUCUCUACAUAAUUCUGCUCCCACCUAUCUAUCCUCCCUGAUACACAAGUAUGUCCCGUCUAGGCCCUUACGAUCUGCUGAAGACUUAAGUCUACCUUCUGUCUGUACUCCCACCUCUGAUGCUUGCCUUCAAGACUUCUCGAGGGCUGCACCGUUCCUGUUGAACUCGCUUCCCUGCUCCAAUAGAUGCUCACCCAGUCUCCACUCCUUCAAAAAAUCAUUAAAAACCCACUUCUUCAUUAAAAGCGUAUCAAUUAAACUGUUAAUAGCUCCCAACUGAUUCUGCUUUUGCAACUGUCACUAGUCUAAUACUAUCCUUACCUUUUUGUUUCACUUUACCCCACUCCCUCUAGUAUGUAAGCUCAUUGAGCAGGGCCCUCAACCCCUCUGUUCCUGUGUGUCCAACUUGUCUGGUUACAACUACAUGUCUGUUCGUCCACCCAUUGUAAAGUGCUGCGGAAUUUGAUGGCGGUUAAUAAAUUACAUAAUAAUAAUAAUAAUAAUAAUAAUAAUAAUAAUAAAUUGCACUUAAAAAAUGUUUUGUUUUCUUUGUAUAGUGGAUGGAUGGAUAAAGAUAGAGAUAGAGAUAGAUAGAGAGAGAGAGAGAGAGAGAUAAAGAGAGAGAGAGAGAUUUUUCACAAUUAGUAUGUUAACAUUCCACAUAUAAUACGCCCAAAGCUUUAACAAUAUAAUUUUAGAUAUUACUUUUUUUUUAAAGUAUCUCUUUAAAAAUAAAGCUCAGGAAUUUUGUUCAUCCACAUAUGCUGAAAAAGAAUUAAAUUUGCUUGUAGGAGCAAACGAAAGGUGCUUAUUUAUCACCUUAAUCUUAUCUAUUAGCAGUAUGUGAUCUGAGAGAAUAAUAAUCCCUGUUUGUUUGACAUUUUGCCUUCUCUGCAUCCUCUCAAUCUGGACUCCUCUCUGUGUGUGGGAACAGUAUACUGGGUGGUUGUGACAUGUUUGUUUACCAUACAUUUAUUGCCUUUCAUUAUUAUUUAUUUCUAUCGUUUUAUUUGUGUAUAUAGAUUGCACCAUUAUUCUACCCUUAUUUGUUGUUUUUGUUGAUAAACACCAUUUAUAGGCUCUAACUCCAAAGAUUCUGAAAGCAUCGCUUGACAUUAUUUACCUGUCUUGUUUAGAAACACACUAUUUAAACUGUUCUAGUUUGUAUUCAGGAAAGUACAAAAUCUCCCAUCCAUUAUCACUGACCCCUGUUUAGCUGUAAUCCAUUCAGCAUGCCCACAUGGCUGCAUUAUUCAGAGACUCAUUAAACUCAUCCCUGUAGAGUUUCCAAUCACUUGAUCUUACAUGACAGAUUUCUUUAGAACUUGCAAACAUUGUGCAAACUGUUAAAAAAUACCAAUUGUGAUUACAGAAGCAUAAUUUAUCUACUCCAAUGUUCAUCUUGCUCAAAACAAUAUGUAGGUCAAUCAGCCCAACUGUAAAAAAAAUAACUAGACUUAAGGAACAUCCGGUGAGUACCUCUUUUGGAAAGUACUUUAAAUUCUACAAUAACAACACUACAGAUAUGUGUAGAAUUGUAUUGUAAACAGAGAGUAACACUGUCACCUAGUGGAGAAAGCAUGCUAGCAUUAUAGAAUGAUGUUUUUUUUUAAACACUCAGAAUGCUGUAGGAUUAAAGUGGGCCUGUUGCUCGUAAAAUUUUAUACUAUAAAAUAUUUAUUAAAACUCUGUUUAUAAAUGUCAUUGCAAGAUAAAUAUACCCUUAAAACCCAAAUCGAUAGUAUAAAAAGCUGUGUUUGAAACAGUCGCCGUUGCUAAGUUUGCCUGCAGAGAUGCAGAAUGAAGUUUGAAGCAUGAUGUUCAACCAUAUAAGAAUUAAGAACCCACAGAUUCCUAGGAAUGUUACAAGUUACUUCAUUCUUCACAUCUGUAUGGUUGAUGGGGCCAGGCACAUUUGCGGACCUCUGAGCUCUAAGCAAUCUCCUGGAUUUACCUUAUGGUUAAUCCUUCUCUGUGCCCAUCUGCAAUCAUUUUCAUUGUACGUGAGAAGGAACCAAUUCUAUUCAGGUUCAACAGAAACAUUUCAGCUUUAGUGUUGGUCUUUAUAGAUGAGCUUGUUAAAGGCCUAGGCUAAGGUCGAAACAUUACUGCUUGCUGAGGAACCUCAAUAAAAUUGGAAUAUUUUUCAUGUAUAGUGGUGUGCUGAAUUAUUACUUUUUUUGGGUUGCUAUUGUGUACUGAGUGGCGUAACAAUGGUUACAUUGCACAUACAGAGUUUAUGUAUUUUGGGGGCGGCAAGUGCUGGCGAUUUUGUAUAUAUUUUUGUGUUCAUUUGUACGUCCAGCUUGGAACUUGUGGAAAGAUGAUUUCUCGUGAAGGUAGAAAUAUGCCAAGUUUCACAUUGAAAUAUUUAUUUUAUACUGAUUUCUAGACUUUUGCAUUUGGUUUCUGACAAUUUGCAAUUCGUAUGAAAUUUGGGCAAUUGGCGAGUCGUCUGCAUUUCUGAAAUCCAUGAAUUUCUGAAUUUCCAUAAUGCUAUAUGAUCAAAUCACAAAACAAACAAAAUGAGGGAUGAACGAGCCAUUUGAUAUGAUUUGUGAUUUAGAGUUCAGUCUGUGGUGUAAAAAAAAACAUGAUUGAUUGCAAAAAGGAUGAAUAAUUUACAAUACGAACAGAUGUAACCUGGGUGCUAAAUAAUUUUCAAAAUUGUUUUCAAAAUUGCUUCACACUCUGGUGUAAUCCCAAAACUCCACCAAAAAGAGAAAGUAAUGUGUGCUAGUGAGUGGAGCAAUUUAUACCAUAUAUAAGACAGAAGAAAGAGUAUAUAUAUACAAACUGGUUUCGAUUUUAAGUGUAACUUCCAGCAAUAAUGGUAUAUAUGUAAAGAAAAAAGGGAAAAAAAGCAAUGAUAGUGCAGAUUGUAUAAAAAAUAUAUAAGCAUAUAUACUUAUAACAAUUCAUAAAUUGUGAAGUAUCACUUUAAGAAAUAUUUGGUGAAACCCCAAUAGGAAAAAGCUGACAUAAAUUUAUUAUCUGCCACAUGCAGAAAAAGCAGUACAUAUAUACAUAAAAUAGAAUAAUAAAAAAUGAUGAUAAAAAAUAGGGUGACAAGCCCCUUACUAGAUAAGGUGGUGAGUUUGACACAUAUAUGUCAACUCACUAUCAGAGUUCAAUCAUUAGGGUGGUAGGCUGCUGUCCGGCGUUCUUCCUGUUCGGCUGCUAGAGAAUCUCCUCGUGUAUUGUCUGCUGCCAGAAAACAAACGCCUCCGGACUCCGUGGUCUGUAAGCUCCUCCCCCUUUGUAUGACGUCAACGCGUUUCGCCAAUCGGCUUCCUCAGGACGUGCUCACAACCUUCAUCUUGGUUGUGGGCUUAAAUAGGGCAACAAUCCCUCAUGAUUGGUUUAUCACUAAUUCAAUUGAAAAAGUCCAAUUGUUCAAUUAAAUUAACUAAAUAUCUUGACAUAAAGUUUAAUGGGACUUGGAUUCAAAUCUACAGCUGUCAUUAAAGACUCAUUUAAGACUCUUUAAAGGAUUGUUCAUGGCAGAAAAAUAAAUAACAUGGCAAAAUUAAACAGCAAAAAGGCAUUGAUAAAAUCACAAAAUCACAAAGAUACACAGCAGAAAAAAUAAAAAAAAAUAAUAACAUGUUCUCUAGCAGCCGAACAGGAAGAACGCCGGACGAGCAGCCUACCACCCUAAUGAUUGAACUCUGAUAGUGAGUUGACAUAUAUGUGUCAAACUCACCACCUUAUCUAGUAAGGGGCUUGUCACCCUAUUUUUUAUCAUCAUUUUUUAUUAUUCUAUUUUAUGUAUAUAUGUACUGCUUUUUCUGCAUGUGGCAGAUAAUAAAUUUAUGUCAGCCUUUUCCUAUUGGGGUUUCACCAAAUAUUUCUUAAAGUGAUACUUCACAAUUUAUGAAUUGUUAUAAGUAUAUAUGCUUAUAUAUUUUUUAUACAAUCUGCACUAUCAUUGCUUUUUUUCCCUUUUUUCUUUACAUAUAUACCAUUAUUGCUGGAAGUUACACUUAAAAUCGAAACCAGUUUGUAUAUAUAUACUCUUUCUUCUGUCUUAUAUAUGGUAUAAAUUGAUCCACUCACUAGCACACAAGGAUGAAUAAUUGUUAAGGGACAGCCCACCAAUUUCUCCAACCAAUAGAGGGGAAAUGGGAAUGUAGUAAACCAAUCCAGUUAUAUAUACUAUAUAUUAACCCCUUAAGGACACAUGAUGGAAAUAUUCCGUCAUGAUUCCCUUUUAUUUCAGAAGUUGUGUCCUUAAGGGGUUAAUAUAGUAUAAUAAAUUAAUAAGCAUUGUUUUCUUAUUUUAUGUAUAUGUUUUGCAGUACACUAAUUGGCCAUUUUCUUGCCAUUUUGGUUAGUUUUUUCCCUAAAAUGAUUGCAUGGAUGAAAUUUGUCCGAACCGAAAUGCUACAUGGCUGAAUCUUAAAUCGAGUGAAUUAAAAAAAAAAAAAAUUGGGCAAAUUGAUUUAGACAAACUAAUUUUUUAUCGCCAUGCUCAAGUUUUAUGUUUGUGCUCCGCUUAGUUAUUUUCCGUAUUUAGAGUAUCCCAACUUGAGUUCCUUUUCACUAAAUCUCUAUAUAUGUGUUUGUGUGUUUGUGUGUGUGGGUGUCUGUAUGUCUGUUUGUUUGUUUGUGUAUGUGUGUGUGUGUGUGUGUAUAUGUGCUUUCCAUAAGACACCUUCUUUCUUGUUAAUAUCGCCCCAAAAAAAUGAUGGUAAAGAAAAAAUGUGAAUCAAUUAAAAUAAUCCAUGUUUGCCCACUGAGGGCACUAUACAGACUGAACUUGCAUGUCUAGAGAAGCCCUUAUAAAGACUUUUCCAUGCUAUGCAAUCUUGGUCUAAGUGCUCUGGUUUGUAAGUCUCACAUCUCUUCCUUAAGGUAGGGAGGGUAGGUUUUUAUUUGGGGGUGGGGGAUAGGGGCUUGUGUAUAUUUUUCUUACAGUGCCAAAGGUAUGUCCACCCCCUUUUAUAUUUCACUAUUUGCCCCCACAUGCUGCCCAUGGGUGGAGGCUGCGGGGUACGGUCCCCCCACUGGUUAAUAAAUGAAGAGCCUAUUGUUGAAUCCAAAAAGGCCACUUUAACCGGGAUCAUUUUGCAUGUAAAAUGUUGGAUUCAGUGUCAAUAUUCAAAGCUAUGUUUAUAUUCAAAGCUAUAUUUAUCGCUUUUACAUAAAUCUUUAACGGUGGGAGUUUAUUCAAUCUGAACCAUGAAAUGGAGCCUAUAAACCGCCAUUACACAUAAUCAGCUUUAUUCUUAUAUAUAUUUAUAUAUAUUUUAAUAUUACGCCAAACUGCAUGUGUCUGAUUAAAUUACAGGUGAAUAAAAAAAAUUAUGUUAUUUACUGCAACAAUGUCAAGUAAUUAAGUCAGCUGUAGUUACUAUUUCUUAUUAGCUGGUACAUCAACAGAUAUACAAUAAGUAAUGUUUUAUCAAAUAGGGUGUGCAGAAUUGUUAUGAAAACCUUGUUUAGAAUGGUUCUCUGAAUAUGUAAGUAUGUGUAUGUGAUCCGAUUCUCCAUGUGUAAUUUUCCAGCGAUAAGUUAAAUUUUCCAGUAAGGAAUCGGAUAAAUGUUUGCAUAUCACUCUGACUGCUUUUCAUUCAUCGGCCUUUCCUUCCUAACUUAUUGCUGCAAUAGAUUCCAUUGUGACCUUUAAUCUGACAUUAGUUCCACGUAUUACAGAUACUGAUGUAUAGGAAUUCACUGCAUUAACGAUGCUCCUGCAAGGAACAUUUUUCUUGUGCCACAUUAACAAACAUGCCAUAUCUGCCUAAAUACAUCAUUUAUUUUAUAGAAACCAGUAAACAACUAUUUAAGUAAUAAAUAGUCAGUAAUGAAUAAAUCUAAGCAACAGUUAGGAAAUAGAAUAUGAAAAUGCAUUUAUCCAAGAAUGCGCACCCUAUGUAAUAAUAGCAUUGAACAUACAUUUUUACAAGCAUUUACCCUGAGAGAUGAUUUGAGCUCUAGAUUAACAAUCACUUCUCGGGACAUUUCACCAUCCUUUCAAAAAUGAAUAAUACUUAAUGAUUGUUAACCUUUUUUUGUUCGAAGCUUACUUUUCUUUCAAAUGUAGACAAAAGAGUUGGCAAAUUACAUCAGAAUCCAUUUCAGUCCUGGCACAGGCGAGGCACACAUUGCUUUGAAGGAUUGAAACAUUGCUUCUGUUUCUCCCACUCUCUCUAUGCUCUCUCUCUGUGCUGACUGACAAGUUAAAAGAGCAGAGCAUGUUAUAAAUAUUGACAGGAAGCCAAGAUAGAAUCACUCCAAUAUGGAGAAGAGAGAGUCAGAAAUCAAGCUUAAAGGGUUGAUCUAAGCACCAUAACUUAGUCACUGAUUUGAAGUGGCCAUGGUGCCUGGAGUCUGUACGUGCAGUGUUUUGCUAUGAAAUGCUGCACAUACAUAGAAACAUAGAAACAUAGAAUGUGACGGCAGAUAAGAACCAUUCAGCCCAUCUAGUCUGCCCAAUUUUCUAAAUACUUUCAUUAGUCCCUGGCCUUAUCUUAUAGUUAGGAUAGCCUUAUGCCUAUCCCACGCAUGCUUAAACUCCUUUACUGUGUUAACCUCUACCACUUCAGCUGGAAGGCUAUUCCAUGCAUCCACUACCCUCUCAGUAAAGUAAUACUUCCUGAUAUUAUUUUUAAACCUUUGUCCCUCUAAUUUAAGACUAUGUCCUCUUGUUGUGGUAGUUUUUCUUCUUUUAAAUAUAGUCUCCUCCUUUACUGUGUUGAUUCCCUUUAUAUAUUUAAAUGUUUCUAUCAUAUCCCCCCUGUCUCGUCUUUCCUCCAAGCUAUACAUAUUAAGAUCCUUUAACCUUUCCUGGUAAGUUUUAUCCCGCAAUCCAUGAACCAGUUUAGUAGCCCUUCUCUGAACCCUCUCUAAGGUAUCAAUAUCCUUCUGAAGAUACGGUCUCCAGUACUGUGUACAAUACUCCAAGUGAGGUCUCACCAGUGUUCUGUACAAUGGCAUGAGCACUUCCCUCUUUCUACUGCUAAUACCUCUCCCUAUACAACCAAGCAUUCUGCUAGCAUUUCCUGCUGCUCUAUUACAUUGUCUGCCUACCUUUAAGUCAUCAGAAAUAAUCACCCCUAAAUCCCUUUCCUCAUAUGUUGAGGUUAGGACUCUAUCAAAUAUUCUGUACUCUGCCCUUGGGUUUUUACGUCCAAGAUGCAUUAUCUUGCACUUAUCCACAUUAAAUGUCAGUUGCCACAAUUCUGACCAUUUUUCUAGCUUACCUAAAUCAUUUGUCAUUUGGCUUAUCCCUCCUGGAACAUCAACCCUGUUACAUAUCUUAGUAUCAUCAGCAAAAAGACAUACCUUACCAUCAAGACCUUCUGCAAUAUCACUAAUAAAAAUAUUAAAGAGAAUGGGUCCAAGUACAGAUCCCUGAGGUACCCCACUGGUGACAAGUCCAAGCUUCGAAUAUAUUCCAUUAACAACAACCCUCUGUUGCCUGUCACUCAGCCACUGCCUUACCCAUUCAACAAUAUUGGAAUCCAAACUUAAAGAUUGCAGUUUAUUGAUAAGCCUUCUAUGUGCAACAGUGUCAAAAGCCUUACUGAAAUCUAGGUAAGCAAUGUCUACUGCACCACCCUGAUCUAUAAUUUUAGUUACCCAAUCAAAAAAAUCAAUAAGAUUAGUUUGGCAUGAUCUCCCUGAAGUAAACCCAUGUUGUCUCUGAUCUUGAAAUCCAUGUGUUUUUAGAUGUUCAACAAUCCUAUCCUUUAACAUGGUUUCCAUCACUUUCCCCACUACUGAAGUAAGGCUUACUGGCCUAUAGUUGCCCGACUCCUCCCUAUUACCUUUCUUGUAAAUGGGCACAACAUUCGCUAACUUCCAAUCUUCUGGGACUACUCCUGUUAAUAAUGAUUGGUUAAAUAAAUCUGUUAAUGGUUUUGCUAGUACACCACUAAGCUCUUUUAAUAGCUUUGGGUGUAUUCCAUCAGGUCCCAUUGACUUAUUUGUCUUUACUUUUGACAGUUGAAAUAGAACCUCUUCCUCUGUAAACUCAUGUGUAAUAAAUGACUCAUUUAUCCUUUUUCUUAACUGAGGUCCCUUUCCUUCAUUUUCAUCUGUAAAUACAGAACAAAAAUAUUAAUUGAGGCAGUCAGCUAGACCUUUAUCCUCUUCUACAUACCUUCCUUCUUUUGUUUUUAAUCUAACUAAUCCUUGUUUUACUUUUCUUUUCUCAUUUAUGUAUCUAAAAAAUGUUUUGUCCCCCUUUUUUACUGACUGUGCUAUUUUCUCUUCUGUGUGUGAUUUGGAAGCUCUUAUAACUUGCUUAGCCUCUUUCUGCCUAAACUUAUAGAUUCUGUCUUCCUCACUCUGGAUUUUUUUUAUAAUUACUAAAUGCUAACUUUUAGUUUUUUACUAUUUUGGCCACAUCUGCGAGGUACCACAGUGGUUUCUUGAAUUGUUUUGCUUUUACUGACAAGCCUAAUGCAAUUUUCUGUUGCCUUCAAUAGUGCAACUUUUAAAUAAUCCCAUUUCUCUAGAACUCCAUUUAAAUUGCUCCAGUCUGAUAAUGACUCCUCUACACAUAUUCUAAUUUUAGAAAAGUCUGUUUUUCUAAAGUCUAAAACUUUUGUUUUUGUGUGGUGGGACUCAGUCACUGUUCUUAUAUUAAACCACACUGACUGAUGAUACAGGUUUAAUACCUCUGCUGUCCAAGCUGUGACUACAUUUUUGGCCAUGUCAUUGGGAUGUCAUUGCCGGCCCAGAACAAAGGUUCCAAGUGGCCAAUGUAAAUCCUGUGCAAAUAUGUCAAUGAGGACAUAUUUGCCAGACAGCCAAUGGCAGUACAGUAACCCUCUCCUUUCCCCCCGUGCUGCCCAUGUCCUCCUCUCAGCCCGUCCCUCCUGACCUCCCUCUCCCUCCAGCAAUAGAUCGAGGUGACUUUAACCUUUGUUUGUUUAUUUAUUUCAAUUGGGGAUGGGAACGGAUCAGCAUAGAAAGAGCUACUCUUAACAAAUCCAGUGUUUUAUAUAAACACCCUUUUGAUUGGAGUAACCUUUUAAUGCAGGAGGUGUAGUUCUAACUAAAUAUUAUUUUAAGACUUCACAAAUUCAUAUUUGUUAAAUACAGGGAAAAGUCAACAUAAUAUUAAAAAUCCUGAUUCCAGGAUUGAGACAGUUCCUCUUUAAGAAAAAAAGAAACACGCCAUCAUGUUUAAGCCAUGUAAACCAAUCCACAGAAGAGUUAACAAAGCAACAACAUUGCUACUGUUUUCAGUUUUCUUCAAAUUGGGAAAUAAUUCCUCCUCAAUUCCAAAGCCUAUCAGAUUAUUCCGUGGAUCAAUAUACACUAGUGUUUAAUGUAAUUGUUAUAACCCUGUAUGUUCACUUUGUUUGAAACAUUUCACCUUGUGUUUUCUAGUGAUAUUGACUGAAUCUGCCAGGACAACUUUCUUUGGUAGUGAAUUAUAAUGUAAUUGUGUGAGUUAAAUUGUAUAUCAGCAGAAACUGUGAGAUGUACUUCCUUUAUAAAACAUGGGUUGUCUUUACAGAAAUCUGUGUGUAUUGAUUGACCUUUACUAAUAUGGGUUAAUCGAAACCUCCUGAAGGUGUUUUUUUUCUCUUAUAGAUAUCACAACCAAUUUGGAAAUCUUGUUCUUCUAAAAUAUUAUUCUCCAGGUAUAGCUCUCAGGUUUACUGUUAGUCUACCUACUGUGGUAUAUUUGUUAAUCUCUUCAAAGAACACUCCAUGCACCUAAAGCACUUUAGCUUGCUUAAGUGCUUUAUGUGUAUGUCCUCUUAUUUCUAUUUUGCAAAUAUUUCUACAGAAAUUGGAGCUUUUAUGAAUUAACCUUGUUACAUCCCCUCGCUGUCAAUCAGACAACCUGUCCUGUUACUUCUUGGUUUGGUUGGCUCAGUGGAGCUAAACUCAAGAGGCAGCAAUUGCUCAGAGCACCUGCCUUGCAAAGUCUUCUCAAUGAGCUGCAUUGGAAAGUCUGUGAUUGGCCAGCCACAGAAAGUCUGGGCGUGGUUAGGAGGGGAGGGCUUGCAAAAGCUUUAGACAAGAGAUCUGCAGCUUUUCCAAGUUGUGUUGAAAUAUAUCACAAAUGAAAAAAAUGCAUAAUUAAAUGCACAGAAGUUUUUAUUGGGGAUAUACCUGCUAAAUAGUUAUUUUUUUGUAUUUGGGCAGUGGAGUACCCCUUUAAGCUUGUAUGCUUCAAUGGCAAGGUUUCACAAAUUAUAAUCUUAUUAUUCUGAAAAGGUUUCCAUAAAACAUAACAUAGAAAUGUCGGUUGAUAUAUUGAAACUGACUGUGCUCGACUGUGUUUUGGCUUUUCCUAAAGAAAUUAAAUCAAUUAUUAACACAAAUAAAUACAACAGCUCGCAACUACAAAAAUAGUUAAACAGAGUACAAAGAGCCACACAACAUCUACACAUCAAUAUCAAGCCGUAAAAAGAGCAGCACAAAAAUAUACUUACAAGACAAAUUGGAGAGAAGACACGAGGCAAACAAAAGAGAAGGAAUCUCAGAGGAGCUAGAUUCAAUAUGUGCUCAUUGGGUGGUACACAUUGCAGAAAUUACAGAAAUAAACAUAACAAUGAGACUUGAACAGCAUGAAAAUAAUUAUACCAUAAAUGUAAAAAGUUAGGUCAUUUUUCUUGAAUGUGCAACUUUGGAGACAGAGAAGAAUCAAAGCUGGUCAGAUGUAUUAUGUAUUGAGGAGAGCAAAAGAGAUAUUUAGCAAGUUUAGAAACACCUAAUUAUGGGAAUUCUUAAGAAAGGCAAAUGAAAAAAAUGUGCAGAAAGAUGGCUAAAGUCCCUUGGGAAAAAUGAAAGUUCAGUUAUUGAGAAUAUGUUUUCGUUUAUAAUUUUUUGUUGUAUUUUUAUUGGUAGAUUAGAAAUUGACUUAUUAUUGUAUUUCAUUAGACAUUAAGUGAUCUAUGGAAAGGUAGACUCUAGGUUACAUGGUUAUAUGAAGGAUAGAAAGACAAGGCUCAUGUUAUGAUUAGUAAAUAUGGGUUAGAUUAAAACUGAUUAACGUGAGAUGGACCAGAUUUUAUCCUAAAAGAAUUCAGGACAAUUCUACAUGAAAAGGUGAGUCUCAAAUGCACAUUGUCUAAUUCUGAGUCCAUUUUCUGGCUGUGUAUGUUUCCUGGUUUGAAUAUAUUGUAUCUAUUUAAAAAAAAUCAAUAAAGAAAUUUAUACAAUGAAAAAAAAAAUCUCAGUCCUUUUCUGAUAACACAUUGCAAGAAAUACAGUAAAACAACAUUUUCAAGUAUAUUUUGUUGAAUUCCAGCCGGGUACAUUUUAUCAGCGCAUGUGAGCUGCCAAACCAAGUUUUUCUUUUCAUCAACCUAAAGCAUUUGAAUAACCUGCAAUCUACUUCUGAUUACACAAAUGAAUUAGUAAAAUAAAAAGGUACAAAAUAUUGUUGAGAAUGCUCGGUACGGUACAUUGAAAUAUAUAGAAGGAGCCGGAUUAAAUUGCUUUAUAUUUAGUCAUUUUUUGUGCUCUAUAACCAUUUCUAUUACAAAAAAGGGUACGUUUUCUUUUGCACUGGGAAAGCACACGGGGAUUCUUUGCAGGUUUCAAUAACAGCCUGCAAUGCCCUGUACAGUAGUUGCUUGGUGCGCUUGCUUUGAACAGGUAGUGUGCAUCUUGUAGACAUUAUUUUUACAUUCUUGGGCCCAUAUUUAGAUAGUUGCAUUUGCAGAAUUCUAUCAGGUUAGUUAAUAGUAAGAUAUUUCACCAUAUUCAAAUAACCUUUGGUGCCAAUGAAAAAAGAGCAACUUGUUUGCACUGCGCUCCAAUUUUUUGGAAAUGACUUAAUUUUUUACAAAGAAACCUAACCUUAUAUCUCAUCGGGUACCAUAACAAAGGGAUUGCGACCUGAAAUAGAUUUUUGUCCUCCAGAGAAACUGGUACCUCUAUAAAGGGUGUAAACCUUUCUUUAUACAUGUUUAAAAUGGCAAUCUAAUGUUUUCCCCUUUUAAUGUGAUUCCCCAGAAAUGCAGUAUUGGACUUGUUCUCAAAGUCGCUCUUCAAUGAACUGCUAUUGGAAGUUGUCAACGAUUUGUCUGUCAACGUUAUUAGAAAAACAAUGAGAGAUUUUGUAGAGGACCAUAUUCUAAAUUCUGCUGUUAAUCAAUUUACGGAUGAAAUGAUCAUCAGCAUAAUUCAAAUGGAGUUACCGACAGUGGUAAGUUGAUGUAAUAUUAGUCUGUAUCUUAAGAUUAAAGAUAAGCUAUUGCCUCUGUUUCUUCAUUAUGAAGCAUCAUCUUUACCCUUCAUCACUUUAAAUAUAGAUAGUUAUAUUUCAUGCAAUUUCAAGGCACAAUUGAGUAGGACAUUCAUUAAAUCUACUAACCUCUGAACCUUCAAUUUGAUCUCAAUGAGCUCUGUGUUCUAGCCGAAAUUUCAAUGGGCCUUAAAAUGGUCUCAGUUAGCUCAGGAAUGAUCUAUGACACUACUCCAAAAGAAUUAUCCAAAUAAAUAAUUAAUCUACCCAAUUCAUUCAAAUGUCUAAAAAAGACAAUGAAAAGGGAAUCCCACAUACCACUAAUAACCAGAAGACGAUAUGGCAUUAUUGCCCUCCUAUUCACCCUGGCUAUCGACCCACCUGCAAAUGCCUUGCUCAUACCUCCAUUCACUGUAGGAGGAUUUGUUCAGUGGUCCCCUCCAUUAUUUUACCCAUAUAUAGAAAAAAUGGUUAAUAUAUAACUGACAAACCUCUUAUCUACCAAAGAUUUGGCCAAACAGGAAUAUAGAGCAUAUAGCUGACUACCUACAGAUGAAAAACAAAGUAAUACAAUAGUGCAAUACGGUUAUAGCACAUAUUAGUGCGCACCAGAUAAGAAUGCACUCACGAGAUUUAGGAGUAUAAUAUCGCCUCAGGGUGCCUCCCCAUAUGUGUAUUGGGGUAUAUCCAAGGAUCCUUCUCCUCUGGUAUAAUCACCACCACGGAAUGCAAGAUAGAACCCAGGUAAUAGGUGAAACAUGCUAAGCUUUAUUAUGCCAAUGUUCCGUGGGUGUUUCCAAAGGUGUCCAGCUGUCUUGAAGACUCUAAAAUUAGAAUUCCCAGGUUGAUGUUAGUUCCGAAACCACCAAUGGGACGAUAGUAAAAGGGGAGAGUUAUAUGCUACUUUUUAUCUUGAUUGUAGGAUUGUUUUUAUGAAUGUGUAUAUUUGUUUUAUUGGUCCCUGAGGAAGGCUUUUGUAAAGCCAAAACGUGUAGGACCUUGCAUAUAUUUAAAUUUUAUUUUUCAUUGGCAUAAUAAAACUUAGCAUUAUGCCACCCCGCAUUUAGUGAGUGCCCCACCGUUAGGGCGGCACACUCUAACGAUUUUGCGCUCCCCGCCACCAUCUUCUUACCUGGACUGGUGAUCCUCACUUGUGGGGACUGCCUUAGGAGAUAGGCAGUCCCCCUGCUUCCUUUCCGGCCCUCCUUGGCCAUGUGAUCGCGACAGAUGUCACAAAUCACAUGGCCGCAAAGCAGUCUGAGACUGUCUGCAAGGGGACUGCCUGAGUGUUCAGGCAGUCCCCCUAGCAUCUGAAAUUUUAAAAAAGUUAGUAAAACACAUUCAAAUAUUAUAUUAUACAUGUAUAAUACAUGUAUAAUAUAUUAUAAGAUAAUUAAAACACCUGAUUAGCAUAUAAUACAUAUAUAAAACAUAUAUAAUUUAAUUCUUACUGUAUUUUGGUAUUAAAAUAGCAGACAGUUGAUUCAAUUAAUACCAAAAUACACUUAGAAUUAAAUUAUAUAUGUAUUAUAUAUGUAUAAUAUGCUAAUCAAAUGUUUUCAUUAACUUAUAACAGAUUAUAAAUAUAUUACAAAAUAUACAUAAAAAAUGUAAUAAGCGUAUCUUGAUAUGUAUACCUAUAUGCUCAUGCCCUUGUACAGAACACUGGUGAGACCUCACUUGGAGUAUUGUACCUUUAGAAGGAUAUUGAUACUUUAGAGACUGAGAGAGUUCAGAGAAGGGCUACUAAACGGGUUCAUGGAUUGCAGGAAAAAACUUAUAAGGAAAGGUGAAAGGAACUUAACAUGUAUAGCUUGGAGGAAAGACAAGACAGGGGGGAUAUGAUAGAAACAAUGAAAUACAUAAAAGGAAUCAACACAGUAAAGGUGGAGACUACAUUUAAAAGAAGAAAAACUACCACAACAAGAGGACAGUCUUAAAUUAGAGGGGCAAAGGUUUAAAAAUAAUAUCAGGAAGUAUUACUUUACUAAGAGGGUAGUGGAAUAGCCUUCCAGCUGAAGUGGUAGAGGUUAGUGGAUGCAUGGAAUAGCCUUCCAGCUGACAUGGUACUAGUAAACAGAGUGAGGGAGUUUAAGCAUGCGUGGGAUAGGCCAGGGACUAAUGAAGGUAUUUAGAAAAUUGGACAGACUAGAUGGGCCGAAUGGUUCUUAUCUGCCGUCACAGUCUAUGUUUCUCCCUGGAAAUCUUAAUGUCAUAAAAAAUUAUUAGAAAUAUUACGUGUUUUCUCUUAUUUCAGAUACAAGAAAUUAAAGAUGAAAUUUAUCUUGAUGACAUCCAUCAAUAUCUUAUAAACGAUGUUGUUGAUAAAGAAGUGAAAAGCACAAUACAUACAAUCUUUGUUGAACAUGAAGAUGAACGGUCUGUACUGCAGGAAAAUCAGGUGAACAAUCAUUGUUAACAUAUAAAAAAUAUAGGGAACUUCAUUAACUAAUGGAGGCUAAUUAGAUUACAUAAUGCCUAAUUUUGCUUCAUGUUUUAAAACUAAAAACAAUUGUUUAGUAAAAUUUUAAGAUGUGUUAUUAAAUCUAUGGCACCUAAAAAAAAAUACAUAAAAAAAAUACAAAACCAAAAAAAAAUACAAAAAGCACCAGGUAAAACAUCGGAUAAUUAAGACAUUCACAGCAAAAUUUACUGGAAUGAAAAUUCAAUUAUAGUACUUAGAAAGCUGAACGAAACUGAAUCGCUAAUUAGUUAUCAUGUAGUUAACAUAAGACUUUUAAAAUGUACAGUUAUAUUUAGCAGGUUACAAUAUCUACAAAGUCACAAUGUCAAAAUGUAGUCAAAAUGGUUCUCUAUGCAUCACAUGAAUUCCAUAGAGAUCGCACUGGUUAAUGUUGUAAAGUUAGUAAAAGAUAAGAGACGUAUUCAACAAACAUGUUAUUACCCAUUCCUACUGUGAUCCAGGGGCGUACCUAGGGCAUUUGGCACCCGGGGCGGAUCCUGUGCUUGGCACCCCCACCCAAAAAAAAAACCUGUAAAAAAUGUUAAAGGUUUUCUUUCUUUUUUUUUUACAAUUUGUAAACUUUGCAAAACCGCUGUCAGCCCCUCCUACAAAACCCUUGUCCUGCCCGCCCCUCCUACAAAACCUCUGUCCUGCCCCUUCUACAAAUCCUGUACUGCCCCAUCUACAAAACCCCCGCAACCCCCUUCCACAAAUCCCCUGCUUAUCCCCCCCUUAUAAAGACUCCUGUCCAAAUACAAAACCCCCGCCCCUUCUACAAAAUCCCUGCAGCCCCACACACACAUUUACAGGCAGACAGUCACACACUCAGUUACAGACAGACAGUCACACACCCAGUUACAGGCAGACAGUCACACACAGUCACAGGCAGACAGUCACACAUACACAUUUCCUCCGUGCGGCCAGUUUAUCAGCUGUUUGCUUGUGUGAGCUGUACUGGCCACAUGGCACCAUAACUACCAUGGGACACUGUGCGGCCACAGCUUACACAGCCCCCUACAGCCAGGGCCGGUGCAAGGAUUUUUGCCGCCCUAGGCAAAAGUAAAAUUUGCCGCCCCCCAUGUGACAUCACAAUGCCCCACCCAUAUGAUUUGCCAUGUUAACUAACGCCAGUGCUGCAGUGCCGCCGUGUUUACAUUAAAAGGCCUGCAGGGACAGGCUAUAGACACCAGAACCACUACAUUAAGCUGAAGAGGUUCUGGGGACUAUAGUGUUUCUUUAAUGUGAGGUAAAUUAGAGCUUAGUGCCACGAAUAAUAUACUAGAUUUCCUACUUACAACCAAAUGAGGAUGAUGAUGGGCUCUAGCUGCAGUCUGGCUCCACUGGUCUGGUGCAGAACAGGCUCUCUGGAGGCGGUUUGUAAAUGUGGUCACAAAAAUCAAUGUUCUGGGAGAACGGGAAGCAGCUCCAUUUUUUGGGGGUCCUUUACACAGCUCAAGGUCUGGGUCCCAGGGUCCACCUUCAUAUUCCACCAAUGAGUUUGUUCACAGGGGGUGGAGUGUGUAGGGAUGUCCUGAUAUGUGUGUAAGGAAUGCAUUGUGUGAAAUUGUGUUUGUAUGUGUAAGGACUGCAAGGUGUGUUUCUGUGUAUGUAUGGGAUGUAUUGAAUGUGUGUAAGGGGUGCAUUGAGUGUGUGUAAUGAAUGCAUUGUGUGUUUCUGUGUGUGUAAGGGAUGCAUUGUGUGUAACGGUUGCAUUGCUUGUGUAUGUGUGUCUGUGUGUGUAAUGCAUUGUGUGUUUUUCUGUGUGCAAGGGGUGCAUUGUGUGUAUGUGAUGAAUGUCAAUCUCUCCUCCCGCUCCAAUUUCCUUCUCCUCUUCCCAAUUUCUCUUUCUCCCCCCUCCUAAUUUCUCUCCCCCUCCUAAUUUCUCUUUCUCCCCCCUCCUAAUUUCUCUUUCUCACCCCCCUCCUAAUUUCUCUCCCCCCCUCUUAAUUUCAAUUUCUCUCCCCCUCCUAUUUUCUCUUUCUCACCCUCCCUCCUAUUUUCUCUUUCUCACCCUAAUUUAUCCUCCUAAUUUCUCUUUCUCACCCUUCUUUCUCUUUCUCACCCUCUUUCUCUUUUUCACCCCUCUUUCUCUUUAUCACCCCCUUCUUUCUCUUUCUCACCCCUUUCUCUUUCUCACCCCCCCUUCUUCUCUUUCUCACCCCUUCUUUCUCUUUCUCACCCCCAUCUAAUUUCUCUUUCUCCCCAAUCCCCCCUACCUUUUCUGUAGCGUGGCUGAGCCCUGUAUAGUCCACGGGUACAGGGAGAAUGAUUGUAAAAAAACAAACAAACAAACAAAAACGAAAUAGUUAUGUAUUAUCUCACAUAGGUAAAACGUUUAAAAGUGGUAUAUUUUAGACUUCUAUGUGAAUAUAUUUUAUUAAUUGCCUUUUGCUUUAGGUAUGUUCAGUUGUUAACAUCUUGUCAUUAUUAUUUCAAUGCUGCGUUCUUCCGUGUUUAUCUCAGAAAUAGAUCUUUCAGCAAAGCAAAAACAUUGUAAAACUAUUUCCAAACGUAUAUGACUUCCUUGAUGAAGCAAUAGUUGUAACAUGCCGUACGUAAACUCACAUCCAACAACAAUUUUACUGAUAUGCCUAGGUUAUGAACUUAUUCUGAUUUUCUUUGGGAAGAGGGAUAAUAAGGAGUAGAAAGAAAUGACAAAGUCAGACACAAAUAAUAAAAACAACAUGACAAAGUGUCCGAAAUUGGACAAAAAACUGCGAAUGAAACUACAUGAGGAAGAGAAAAAUUAGAGAACAUACAGAAAAGCCAACUGUUAAACAUCUAACUGGAUGCUCUUAUUCUGAAAGAAUUUAAAUAUCUCAUACAAUUAUUUUUGUAAAUUUCUCUUGCAAUUCCACAUUGGUCCACAAGAGGCAUUUAGUAUUAGUAAAGUCGCCAUCAUUUGCUUUCUCCACUCUUCUAGUUUCCAUUUGAGUCUCUCGCAUGCUUUCUGUUAAGUUUGUGGUGAAAAAAUACAGGGAACAAUGAGCUGAACAUCCAGAUUUAUUUAAUGUGGAAUGCGUGGGUGUACACCAUCAAUUAAAAUAAGUAUGGAAAGGUGAAGGUUUUAAAAUGACAAGCUAUAAUCAUGUGAAUAUCAAAAUUGUAUGUUUGCUUUACUCCCAGAUAACAGCAAGUGCAAAUAAAUAUUUGAUUGACACAUUUCUACUGGAGCAUUUAGUUGGACUUAUUGGGACACAGACGUUAAUUGCAUUUGACAAAGAUGUCUCUUUGUGCCUCUUAGACAGUAAGUAUAUCAAACAUAAUAAUAAACUAGAGAUUAAUCCUUCCGUAUACCAAUGUUCUUAGGUGAGCUUUUUUUACUGCAUUUUUACUUAAAGGGUUACUCCAAACACCAUGACCACUUCAUGGUGCCUGUAGACUGUGCAUGCAGCUCUCUGCUGUGAAAUGCUGCACAUUUCAUUUAACCUUUCUGUUGCCGUAGAUUAUUGCUACGUCAUUAACCAGCCUGAAACAAUAUUUCCAGACUGCCUAAUUUUAAUUUUGCUUAUAUUUAAAUGCACAUAAGUGCUUUUAUUGGCUGGGAGCAAUUAGCUGAUGUUUUCAGCCAGUGAAUGGCCUAACAGAUCAACUUCUGGCUUCUGCAGCUGGAGGACAAUUGGUAUCCUGCAGGGACCCAGGUAAGAAUGCAAAUGAUUGUCACCAUACCAUGAAACUGGUCCAGGUUACUCCUGGCAUCAUAACCACAACACUGGGCUGUAGUGGUUAUGAUGCUUCGAAUAACCUUUUAACCAUUGCAGCUACAAUAUAGGUAUUUUUGGAUUAGAAUUAGUUGCUAGGUAGUUAGGUGUGUUUUUUUUAUUUCAAUUUUUUUAACAUAUAUAUAUUAGUUUGCAUUUAGAAAGUUUCAGCCUGCCGGGUCCCUUUAAUCCACUAUAUAAUCAGAGACAUUUGUAUUUCCCGUGAUACCAUAGAUUGAAAGUUGAUACCAGCUGGACCCGUUUUUAACCUCUGUAUGAAGAUUUCUGUAUGUUAUGUGAAUAUUGAUUCAUUCUUUGCAGGUAUGAUGCUAGAUAUCAUGUUAAGGCAGCACCUCCGCAUACAACACGGGCAACAAGUUACCCUUGAAAAUCACAGCAUGAAGAUUCUGCAUCAAAAAGCAGUUAGCGGAAUGGUAUGUUUACAGAUGUGGGGGAUAUUCUAGCAUUCAUUCAUAUAAAAUUAACAGAAAUUGGGAGGAAAAUACAUGACGUUGGAAUUGAAUUUUAAAUUUGCUUUGAAUUCCGGGCAAUUCUCAAUUCAGUGUAUGAAUUUUUUAAGGCAGCAAAAAAUUGACACCGACUUUUUCUCCGGAUUGACAGUGAUCAAUACUUUGCAUUCACCAUGUAAGAGAUGAUCCAUACUCUUUUAAACAUAUUUAGUUGUUCUAGUGCAAACUGAAACAAUUGUCCCUUGUACUCUAGUUACAUUAGUUACAUAAUAGUUACAUUAAUACAUAUUACAAUAUCCAAUGUGCGAGGCUGGUCCCUUGCAGGCAAUUUGGGAAUCAGAGCCUCUGUCGUGUAUCUAGAUUGCUGUUCUAUCAUUUUGCUGAAAAAAAUGGUAGAAAUAAUUCAGUUUAAAGAUUUUGUCCAAGUAGCAGAAGGAAAUGUAAAGAUACAUCUAAAUGAUAUGACAUUGUUAAGUUUAGCAGUUAAAAACAUACAUUUUAAUUUAAAAGUGCUUCUUUUCAUAAAUAGUCUGUAUUACUUUUAAGGUUAUUUACUAAAAAGAGAAUUGUCGGGAAAUCGAAAUGAAUUCCCAGUUUUAGACAAAAACAGUCAAACUGGAAGCUGACUUGGAGAAUGUUUGCAGUCCACCUAUUUUUGGCCUUAUAUUCACAUUGAAUUCCCAACAAUUCUCCCUAUAGUAAAUGUGACAGUAAAAAUUCAAGAUCGAGUGCAAAACAUGUUUUCUACUUAUAAAUUUAUAGUACAAUAUUUAAUGUUUGCUGCAGUUAUGCUGUCCUGUGAAAUCGUCCUGUUUUUUUAUAUGGUAUUUUUAUGGUACGUGCAAGGUGGUUAAAACGUAUUCAUACUUUAUCUGUUUCAGGCUCUUGAAGUUAUUCUGACUGAACUCAAAAUGUUGAUGGAUGAAGAUAUGGAAGAUGUAUUUGAAUAUGAGAAAGACAUGGAGCUUGGGAGUUAAAGGGACACUAUAGUCAUUAGAACUACUACAGCUUCAUGUACUGGUUCUGGUGUCUGUAGCAUGUCCCUGAAAGCUCAGCAAUGUAAACUCUGCCAUUUCUGAGAAAAGGUGGUGUUCACAAUGCUGCGUAGUAACACCUCUACUGGCUGUCACUCAGGCGGCCACUAGAGGGACUUCCUGGAUUAGGUCCUGCAAUUUUUGCAGGACCUACAUUUAGCAUAUCCACGCUCUGCAUAGAGACCCUGAAUGCUCCCCAUAGAGAUGCAUUGAUUGAAAGUAUCUCUAUGAGCAGAUGCUGAUUGGCACAGCAUUGAUGAUCUCAGCCAUGAAAGGGGGAUAAGCCAUGGUGAGACCAGCGUGGCAAUGGCAAAAAGGUGAAUUAAAUAUAUUUUUCUCCAUUCUGGGGGGGCGGACACCUUAUAAGGUAGUCCAACACCAGGGCAGGCCCGGCACUUUUACAGGGGUGGCAUUUUGUAACCCCUGUACACUGUAAAUGGACUGUUGUGGAGCCUGGGCUGCCAAUGCAUAUAUACCUUGUCCUGUGGAGAGGGGGCCCAGAAGUCUAAUGUUCCCCUCCUGCAGAUUCCUGUCAUCUCCUUUCGUAACACCACAAGAGCGUUGCCGUGGGUUGCCAUGGAAAGCUCAGGCGUUCAUUAUGUGCUGCGCGGAGCUUUGCCAUAGCAACCCACAGCAACGCUCACUCUGUGUUAGGGACCAGGAACCAGACAGAGACAGAACGUAGAUGCAAAAAACCUAUUUAUAAAUAGCAACAAAUGAGAAAAACCAAAAGCAAAGUCCAGGAGGCAAACAGGGAUCAGGCACCAAAGCGGGUAGUCAGAUGAGUCAGAAUCAGGAGAACGGAGAGAAGAGGAGUCAGGAACAAGGCCAGAAGUCAGGAACCAAUAAUAUACAGUAAACAAGAAGUCUUCUGGGAAACAGGAAACCACGCAAGGGCUAGGAGGUCCUGGAACUUGCUGCUUAAAUAGGCUGCACUGAUUAGCAUUGAAGAAGCAUUUCAUCCUUCGACCCAGGCAGCACCAUGUCUUGGGCCGGCCCUGUCCAACACUAUAGUGUUAGGAAUACAUUUUGUGUAUUCCUUCCACUAUAGUGCUCCUUUAAUAGUUGGUAGGAAUACAAAAAAAAUCUUAAUCCCUUCAAUACCAGAUAAGUGAUCCUAUUGGAUUUACUUUGCUUGGAUACUUUGGAUUUAGUAUAUUUAGUGAAUGUUCCUUACACCGUACUGGGGGCCACUGUCUACACAGCUGAAUAGUAGCCAAAAGGAGAGGGGGUUGAAAUGGCUAUAGGCAUUUAUCUUUUCCACUUUAAUGCUAAAUUAUUUAUUAUACAAACAUAUACAUUACGUUAAAAAACAAUGUUGUUGGUAGUUUGCAUAUCUUUCAAAAAAUACCAUCAGAAUCCUUAUAGAAACUCACCGUCGGUGUAAUUUCUAUGUUUAUGUAUUUUUUGUUUUGUUAUGUAGCCACUGCAUAUAAAAAAAGCCCUAUUUGUCCUUCUUGUUUAUUUUUCUGAACCUGCCUAAAUUGCUAGAGAAGGGGUUCUCUAUGAACACUAAUAUGUUCUAUUCUACAUAUUUAUGCAAAGAAUGAAAGAAUAUAUUUAAAAUACGAAUUACCGUAUAUACUCGUGUAUAAGUCGAUCUCAUGUAUAAGUCGAGUGCAGUUUUGUGACCAACAAUUGUGAAAUAUGCUAUGCCUCGUGGAUAAGGCGAGGGUAAAACUUGGGGCUAUGAAAUUCUGUGAUUUUUAUAAUUAUAUACACACACACACUCUGCAUUACACACACACACUCUGCAUUACACACACUCUGCAUUAUAUAAUGCAGAGUGUGUGUGUUUGUGUGAAUGCAGAGAGUGUGUGUGUGUGUAUAUAAUGCAGAGUGUGUGUUUGUAUGAGUGUGUGUAUAAUGCAGUGUGUGUGUGUAUACAAUGCAGAGGGUGUGUUUGUAUGAGUGUGUGUUUGUGUGUGAACUGGGUGGGGGAGGGCAU